AUGACACAGCCAGUGACAGUCAGCCACUGCCUGGUCUGCUCUGUGGGCUGGCUCGCCUCAAGGUGGGCUGGGUUGGGCUAAACCUUGUGACUUUGCUGCAGACAGACGUGUAUGUGUGUGUGCAGGACUAUUAUGUGCUGUCAGGUUGAUUUGUGUAGCAUUUUUUUUGUGACGCUCUGCUCUCCCUCAGGCCAUGUCAAGGUCACUCCACCAGAGGGAGGACAGGAUCUACCUGUCCCUAUGAUAUCUGGCCCCCAUGGCUGGGGAAUGUGUGUCCCAAAUGGCACCCUGUUCCCUUUAUAGUGCACUACUUUUGACCAGGGAACCUUUAUAGAGAAUAGGGUGUAAUUUGGGACGCAGAAACAAGCCACCUCUUCUCUCUGGUACAGGCACCGGUUUGAGGAUCUCUAGGCUGGUGAAACACACUAGCACAUGAUAGGCAUCCACUUCACAAAAUCCAUUACCAAGGCAUCUGGAGAUGGAACAUCUAUUACAUUUACUUUGAGUACCAGUCCUAAUGGCUUUGCUAGGUGUAUCAGUUCAGUUAAAAGCAGCAGCCGCAACAUGCCUUGAUGAUUCACCCGGCCAUCUCUCAUCUGUGUUAGUCUCCCACCUUCUGAGAGACCACCGCUGGAUGGCUAAUUGUCUGACUUAGCAGCUCUUUUCUGCACUGUUUGAUUUGGCUGGAUCUAAUCAAUAGGAGACCUGCUGUGUUAAUAACACACAGAGGAGGUGGAGGUGGCCAGCCGGCUUUACCGCUCGCUGGUGGUCAAUACGUCUGCUGUCUGCUGGCUGCAAAUCACUGACUGACUGGGCCCAGACAGACCUCCAGUUUGGAGUUUGAAGUAAGACAGCCCAGACAACAGACGGACUGACAGACGGGCUAUACUUGCAGUCUGAGGGGAAGUAACCAUAGAAAUAGAAUGAUAUAUAUAUAUAUAUAUAUAAUCAUUCUAAUUCUAUGGAGGAAACAGACAGUAGAGACCGAGGCUUGGCUAUCAGUAGUCCAGCACAUGGUAUAUAGCAGACAGGGGACUCUGUCCUUAAACGCCUGCCCCAACCACAUUAAAGGCAGUACUAGGGCAUGUGGGGAUAUCAGUGGGCUGCUGCUGUUGUUGCUGUCAGCCAGGCCUGUAGCUGUAUCCUGUCACUGCUGCCUGUCAGUGAGGUAAUGCAAUUAGGCUAGUCCUUGAGUGAAGCUGGACUGGACUUGCGUUGGUCGCCAGUGUUAGGCCAGGAAAUGCUUCCUUUUUGAUGUACUGUAUGAAAGAACAUCUGUGUUCUUCUCGUUUGAUGUGGAGUGCUCAGCAGUGGAGGUGCUGCCUACCUGCCAACGGUUGUUUUGGCAUAGUAGCCUAAGUGGAUUUGUGUUCUUUGAAUGCAGGAAGUCCCUAAAAAGUAGGUAUGAACUGUGUGGUCCCACUCUGGUCCAGGGAGCCCAGUGUUGGCACAUGGAGUUGGGUUGCUGCUGAGGGUUUCAACCUUUCCCCUCUCAUCCUGGCUCUUUGUCCCUACAGUAGAUAACUGGAGGUGAGAGGCCCUGCCAAUUCAGGCUGUUUUAGGACUUUCUAUCUUUCUUUUCCUAAGGCCACUCUCACUGUUUUUAGAACUUAUUUAAAAGAAUGAAGGAAUUUGGCAGAGCGAGCGCCUGAACUGGAACAAGGGAAUGUUUUGAACCUGUCAGGCACAUCAUUUCAUUCAAUCUGGAUGUUAAUAAAGCAGACGCACACGGACACACACCUGUAGGCCUUAGGUAUCUUUCUAUGGGUAAUCUCUCGUUGACAGAUUCUCGUGAACAGAUGAAACUACGAGAAUCUGUCAAGGCUCACAUAGAAUUAUGUGAUUACGAGCAGCAGUAGUUCCAGAGGAGCGUUUAGUUCGCUUGAAUGUUUUCUAUGUUGCAGAACAGUUUGUACUGAACAACACGUUUCCCCAAAACGUUCUUGAACAGACUUUGAGGUAUGUUUGGUGGGUGUGGCUUGAACCAAUGAGUGACGUAUUUAAAGGGCAGUGGCCAUGCUGACAGCGUUCCCCAACUCACAACCCAACCCCGCCCCGUUUUUCAACUGGUCGUUCAGUACAGCACCGUAUCCGUUCAAUUGAACGUUCCAGAACGUAAAAACGUGCUGAACGCAGCCUUGGUUUUGGCUAUUUGUUAUUGAUUAUUUAGAAGAAUCAGGAUUGGGCGAAGGCGGUGCUUAAUAAACGGUUGCAGUGAUUUUCAAGCCGUGUGCGGAUCAUAAACGGCUUCCACUAGAUUCCACAGCCACAAAGUCAAAAUUGGCUAUAUCGUAAAAAUUAAUAACUUCCUUUUUUAGAGCAUGAUCAACACGGGUGAAAUUAGCGGAAGGGAGGGGUUUGGCCGAGAGUUUCCGUUUGCGAGGGAGGAGACUUCGCUUCCUUCCUUUGCACAAAGGUAAUCACAAUUGUUAACGGCACCCCCCCCCCCAGAAUUAAAACCAGGAAAUUACAAACUUUCACGAGAUAAUUUUACUUCUGGGUAACAGAGAUUAGUCAAUGGGGAAAGAAGAGUAUGCCUACAGUGUUCUGUUUUUAAACUCCAGCUAUGACCAGAAAGCCCUGGGUUUUGAACACUCCAUUCUACACUCCUCCUUGUAAGGACCUGCCUCUCAAUCUGCCCCUGAAGACCAAACAGAAUGUCUUGAUACAUUUAUUCCACAGUUCCACUGUGCAGUGUGUAUGAAAGCAGGCUUAUUCAAGGGGGAGGGGGAAUUCUGGCUGGCUCUAAAAAUAGCCCAGCUUGUUUUUUAAAUGCAACCAAGCUUGCUGUUUUCUCUUCUGUUGUGUCAGUGCUGGAGGAGAAGAGUGAGGGGUCCUACAUAACACACAGACUCUGGGGUCGACCAGAACAUACUAGUCUUCUGCUGCCUGUCCUCAUUUUGGUAGCAUUUCAUGCCUCCCCUCUUAUAAGAAGCAUCAGUUUUUUUUCUUGAAGGGAAAUGUCUAAACCUGUUCCCCAUUAACCCUUUGUUUUCCUAGCUACUUUAUUUUCCCUCACCGCAAUAUUUCAGCUGCAAUUUGGUUUGUCUGUGCUGCCUUUGUGUGUGUGUCACUUGUCUAGUGCACCAAUCGUGCCUCCCCUACGCUGCGUGAUGUAUGGCAGGGAGGGAGACAUGCCAUGAAUAUCACAUUUCGACGGGCAGACCUGUUAAGGGAAAAUCUCCUGUUGUCUGGCAGUGUUUUGUCUUGAUCAGGCCGUUUGGACGCAGUCACUGCUUUCCUGGAGUGUAAAACAACAGAGGCUGUGGAAACCAGAACUCUGACGGUCUGCCUGCCCGGCUCCAUCCAGACUCCUCUGAUUUGAUUUUGAUGGCUGCUGUCGACUGUUUGAUUACUCACAUUAUUUUUUUUCUGAGUACUCGGAUGGGGGGAAUCUAUUUUUAGAACAAGGCUGGAAAAAAGUAUCUAUAGGCCUAUGCCAACAGUGCACAACAAUGCCUAAUGUAUUAUAACCAUUACAGAGAACAAAUCAUAAUUGCUAAAUUGCCCCAUUUAUAUAUUGUCAAUAAAAAAGCAAGUGCCAUUUUAAGAUUAAUUUAUUGAAACCGUAAUAUCAACUGGUUAUGUUAUAUUGUGGAACACAAUCAUCAAAAAGGAGUAACCUCAGCAGUGGCGCUUGCUUGAAUAGAAGCCUAAGGCUGUGCAAUGGCAUAGCCUUAUUUUGUUAAUUUUGCAGACAAUACUUAUUUCCCAAACCCUUAUCACAGUCAAGACACCUAUUUUAUAGUAAAAAAAAGAAAAAGUGAUGUAAUAUAACAGAAUAAAAUAAAACAGAAUAUUUUUCAAAAUGAAAAGAGUUGCCACUGCGAAGUGAUGCGCAUCUCGCGUCUGUAACAGUUAUUCUCAGAGUGAUCAUUUGAAACGGGGCUCAAUUUAGUGAGUUGAAAGACAAUUUCUCAGGGUUACAAACCAAAAUAUCUCUUUUCGAUAUACAGACAUUUGAUUUAGUUUAUUUAUCCUUUUCUUUGGAAUUUUCUAAAUGGAUGAACAAUUCCACAUUGUACACUGCAUGGUGAUGAAUUACAGCCACGACAUCUGUUUGGUGAGUAGGCCUAUGCUUAAUGAUUCUGAUGAAAAUAUGUUCUUUGUCUAUAGCACGCUUGGUCUAGCUAGCGCUUUACGCUGGAGACACAAUAGCAUUAUUUUAUUCCAUCUCUCAUUUUAAAGUUAGAAUCAAUGAAAUGACGUUGCCACAAGCAGCACCACAGGUAUUGCGAUGAGCGAGAUGCAAGACUUCACUCUCAGACUGUCACACAGUAUCUGCACAUGUGCAUGGGUUUUCUUCACACUGUUACAGCAUGGUAGCAACGGUACUUAAACAAUGGAGAAGUUUAGCCUCGCAGUUCAAUGGCCUUAGUUGUUGCGUAAAUUGACCCACUAUCUGUUUACUUUGUGCAUCUUCGUCAUAUCGCUGAGUCUACCUUUAAUAUCUUAAGGUAAUAUAUUAAUAAUAUAUUAUUUCAUAGCACAGUUCAAUUUAAGAUUCAGAUGCAUCAAUCUCCCUUUGUUCUGUGGACUGUUGUUAAACAAGCUUAUCCAUUUCUCAUUUAUUUAGCGUUUCAGUCACUCCAGUCCAGACUUCUUGGCAGUUUCUGACUAAAUUAAAAUUUACAUCUCCAAUCCAAACACUAACUGUGACUCUGUCCAUAAUUGACUGGAUUGGAAUAUUUGGCUGCCUGUUAGUGCAGAAGCGUACAGUGUACUAGUGCGAAAGGAAACCUCCUGUGUCCAUGUCGGCUGGCUAUUUCUUACAGUAUGCUGUGUCCUUUUUCACCUGCAGCACAGUGUCGUGGCCAUGCAUACUGCAUGAUUUUACCUCCACUGUGUGUUGUCAGGCUUCUCUACACACUGCUGUCGGACUGGGAACAGCAGACACCGAGGAUUCCUCACCCGCUGGUCACAGUCUAGUGGCUUUCUCUCGCUCGCUCUUCCACUCUCUCUUCUCUCUGUGCUCUUCCUCUCCCUACGCUCCCUCUCUUCUGUUCCUUUGUUCUCCUCUACCUAUAGUUCUUGCAGAUCCAAUUUCUCUCAAUUCAAAUUCAUGAUUUAUUCACUUUUUUUUCUUCUCACCUUUCUCUCAUCCCUUCUUCCUGUGUCAGAGGCGACCUGUCCCUGCAGGUGUCAUGUCACACUGUGUUCCUUCCCGUGUCCUGUUUAGUUGGGGACCUGACCCCAGUCAAAAUGUGACUUCUUCAGUGAUGCGUGAGGGACAGAAGCUAUCCUCCCUGGCCUCUGCUCUCUCUGACCCUGACACACCUCCCUCAUCACCCUGAGCCAAUCACAUACCUGAGCUCCAACACAGUGGCAAACAUUAGAGAAGACUCAGAGAGAAAUUAGUGCUUCUAACCUGACUGGACAGGUCCUUUUAUGUUUGACCUCUGCCUCAGUGUUGGCAUAGUAGCAUAAUGCACUUCACUGGAUUAAGGGUUUACUAUUCAGGGUCCAAGGUCUGUGUGUGUGUGUGUGACCAUUUAGUGAUGUGGGAGAGCUCUGUGCUUAGGGGCCCUGCUUUAAUUAGGCUCUUAUUGAGUUAAAGCCCCCUUCUCUUCCCCUCCCUCUUCACCAACUCCUCCUUUUUCCUCUACCUCCUUCUGCUCCACGUCCUCCUUUCCCCCCUCCACCACGACCUACUUAUGCCUUUUCUCCUCCUUCGACUCCUGCUUUUCCUCCCUCUCUCCACCCACUCCUCCACCUCCUGUUCCCCUCCUCCUUCUCCCCUGUUAUGUAGAGGCCUCCUCUAGUUGCAGUCAUCUGUCCGGUGGGUUCUGUCCUGCCCUCAGGCUGCUCUGCUCUGGUCUGGUCUCCUCUGAUGCUCCUCAUUAUUAAGUGUGCUCGGGUCUCUGGUCAAACAGACGUGGCUUUGUGUCUGGACUAUGUGGGAAGAAAGCAGCUCUGGUCGGUCCACUUCAGCCUGCUAAUUAUACUCCCUCUACUGUAGCAAGAGGCAGGGAGGAAGGCUCUAAGGGGCACUGAGGUAUUAGUGCCUGGGCCACAUAUUAACACAGUCUCCUCUGAACAGUUGAUGUUGAGAUGUCUAUUACUUGAACUCUGUGAAGCCUUUAUUUGGGCUGCAAUUUCUGAGGCUGGUAACUCUAAUGAACUUAAGCUCUGCAGCAGAGGGAACUCUUGGUCUUCCAUUCCUGUUUCAUCAUAGCGCUUGAUGGUUUUUGCGACUGCACUUGAAGAAACUUUCAAAGUUCUUGACAUUUUCCGUAUUGACUGACCUUCAUGUCUUAAAUUUAAUGAUGGACUGUCAUUUCCAAUUUGUAAGUCGCUCUGGAUAAGAGCGUCUGCUAAAUGACGUAAAUGUAAAUUUCUCUUUGCUUAUUUGAGCUGUUCUUGCCAUAAUAUGGACUUGGUCUUUUACCAAAUUGGGCUAUCUUCUGUAUUACCCCCCUACCUUGUCACAAAACAACUGAUUGGCUCAAACACAUUAAGACGGGAAUAAAUUCCACAAAUUAACUUAAGAAGGCACACCUGUUAAUUGAAAUGCAUUCCAGGUGACUACCUCAUGAAGCUGGUUGAGAGAAUGCCAUGGGUGGCUAUUUUGAAGAAUCUCAAAUAUAAAAUAUAUUGUGAUUUGUUUAACACUUUUUUUGGUUACUACAUGAUUCCAUAUGUGUUAUUUCAUAGUUUUGAUGUCUUCACUAUUCUACAAUGUAAAACAUUUUUUAAAUAAAGAAAAACCCUUGAAUGAGUAGGUGUGUCCAAACUUUUGGCUCGUUGUGUGUGUGUAUAUAUAUAUCUCGCUGACAAAUGCACAGUGUUGUACAGCUACUGCUUGCUCUGGUCCUAUACUACACUCUCCAUGGAAUGUUAGUCUGGAAAACCCAACCUGAAACCGUGUCUAGGGUCUGGUUUCAAUGAUGGACUCUUUUGGCAACUUCGAUUAAAUACAAUUUGGGGUUGGUCCUCUUCAGACAGACAACUCUCCCAACAAAUCACGAGGCAAACAUGCCAGAACGUUGCGAUUCAAGUUUACAGACAAAACCGUGGCAGUGGUUUUAGUGAAGGUAGUUGAUGCAAACUUGCCACUUGCGAUAUGUGCUCGGUAAAAAUAACCUCCCGUGAUCUCCAUCUUGCUAGCUACUAUUUUGUAUUUUAUUCAAGCGGAUAAAGUAGUGACAUAGACAGUGAAGUAGUUCCUAUAUUCCUAUAAGAGUCCUCCAUUGAAACCAGAACCUAUUCUCACUGUUGCCUCAGUCAUUUGUCCUCCUCACCUCAUCUUCUCAGUGUGUUUUCUAUUGUAUGGCUCACUUGCUGCUGUUACUUCUUGAGGUGGUUGGACAUGCAGACUUUGAUUUUAGCAUGUUUGUGUGUCUGUGGGUGUGAGCACAGCUAGAGCUGGCAGGGCAUCGAUCGACAGGCUGCCGUCGCACUAAUCGUGCAGGUCUGGCAUGAUACACACACACACGUCUCACAUGCACACACACCUUGACACUGUGCAGCUGUGCAGCGAUGACUCACCCUGGAUAAAUAUCAGCAAUACAGGCCUGUUGCUGUAGUUACAGUAAUAAGGUGGUCUUAGGACCCUGCUUUUUCCCAGUCAUAAAAUUCCCUUCCUGCUGUGUGACAUCUAACUGCUCAUCCUUAUCAUCCUGUCCCCCCAGGGGGUUGAGCCUGUGUAUGUAUGUGAGUGUGCCCCUGCUGUGACACUCCAGAGGGAAUGGAGGCCCGCCCGUGCCGUUAAUCAGCCGUACCGGAAUCGUUAGUGCCGCCACACACCGUCACUGGAUGAAUGAAAUGGGGCCUGUCAUCUCCACUCAUAUCCCACACCAGAGAUGGAUGGGCGCAGAGGGGGGUCCCUGCUGCCUGCCCAGCCGCCCACAGUACACGUUCAGCUGGGAUGGAUUCUCACAACAUAGGCCUAUACCCAUGAGCCCUGGAGAAGGAUGGGUUCUUGUGACAUAGUGCUUAGUCGUCAUUCAGAAAGAAAAGAAGAAACACACACAAAAAACAACAAAGAUGCUUUUGUAUUCUGCAAGUUUCCUUGCUGUGUGUUGGCGUGAGGCUGUGUGGCUGCCAGACCAUCUGUUGAGUCUCCUGCCUGCUCAAAUAUCUGGCACUGGUUGGCAGGACGGGCUGGUCUGUUUGUGCCUCACCACACAGAGAAGUGCCAGGGAUGUCUUUAGUGAACCCAGCAGGAGACCGCUUGGUCCAGUCUGGAGCUUCACAAAUACUUUUGAGGUGUUUUAUGCUUCAGUCAGGACUGUAGGUUAGGGCUGUCUGGGUCUGAUUUAGUGUCAGGAAGCCCCUUGCAGAACGUUUAUAAAGACUUUUGGGGUAUUGUCUGUUUACCUCAGGACUGUACUGUAAGGACUGUCUGGGAGGACAGUACAUAGGAAGGAUGUGCUCAGGAGGGGGGGGGGGCAAUCUAGAACAAAAAGUUGGCUGGUAUGAUGCAUUGUUUUGACCUUUUUAUGGUUUUGUUUUUACAUGGCACAGCCAGUCCACAAGGUGUCGCAGCGCCCGUCUUACGUUCUUUGGGGAGAACCCUGGUGAUUUCAUGUUUCAGACUCUGGCUUAUUUGCUCCAGUCUGUGCUCAGGAGUCAGGCGGUCUGCCAGGACAGGCCUUGGCUGUGGAGAAGGAGAGGGGCUGCCCAGCUAAGACAGUAGCACAGUCACUGGGAGGACUCUCUUGUCUGCUACAGGUUUGGCCCAGGGACCACCACUAUCUCUCCACCAGCAUAAAGUCAGCCAGGAAGGCCUCUGGCUCCUAGCUAUGACACAAUGGAACCUGUGAUACACUGGUGGUGGAAGGGAAUGAAAGCAUUUCUGUGCAAUCAGCCUCUCGUGAUACUUUAUAUUGGAAGCCUGGAGACACACUGCUGAAGACACUGGCAUGUGUUCAGAAUCAGAUCUGGAUACAGUCAGCGCUGAAAUAAGCCUGGUUAAACCACAGUAGAGGAGCUGUUCAGGAAGGAAUUACAGAACGGAGUGGUCAGUGAGUGUACAGCCUUUCCUGGACAUGCUGGUUCUACCACUGUGUAAUUUCAGACAGGACUGGAGAUGUUUCUGUGUUCGUCAGAGUCAGAUCUGGAGACGUGGCCAACAGUGGAAAACAGAACAGGGGAGAGAGCAGACCAGACCAGGCAGCUGCAGCCGUGUACUACUCUGCCAGAGAGGGAGGGAGAGAGAGCUCUCCUCUGGUGCCCAUAAAGAAACAGGCCUCCUCUCACGCCUUUUUUUUGUGUUCUAGCAACAGAAAAUAACCUUCUUGCAUAUGCACUUUGAAGGAUUGGUGAUUGAGGGGACGUGGGUGCAUUUUCACUGUGGCCAAAUUGCAGUUUUAGUGUUUGUGUGUGUGAUGGAGGUGGUGUGAGGAGUAUGGGGAAGAGGGGUGGCAGAGGGAGGUUAAAUUAGUAGCACCCUACCACACCCUUUAGCAGCUCACCCCUAACACACACACACACACACCGUCACAACACACACCGUCACAAACACAGUACAGGGUAUAUGGUGGUGUAUGAAUUGAGCACAGGGGAUCGAUAGAGCUGUAAAUAGAUCAACAUGCUUUGCAGUCCCUGUCUCUGUCCGCUCUGCUCUACAGUCCCUGUCUCUGUCCUCUCCUGCUCUGCAGUCCCUGUCUCUGUCCUCUCCUGCUCUGCUCUGCAGUCCCUGUCUCUGUCCUCUCCUGCUCUGCUCUGCAGUCCCUGUCUCUGUCCUCUCCUGCUCUGCUCUACAGUCCCUGUCUCUGUCCUCUCCUGCUCUGCUCUGCAGUCCCUGUCUCUGUCCUCUCCUGCUCUGCUCUGCAGUCCCUGUCUCUGUCCUCUCCUGCUCUGCUCUGCAGUCCCUGUCUCUGUCCUCUCCUGCUCUGCUCUGCAGUCCCUGUCUCUGGCCUCUCCUGCUCUGCUCUGCAGUCCCUGUCUCUGUCCUCUCCUGCUCUGCUCUGCAGUCUCUGUCCUCUCCUGCUCUGCUCUGCAGUCCCAGUCUCUGUCCUCUCCUGCUCUGCUCUACAGUCUCUGUCCUCUCCUGCUCUGCUCUACAGUCUCUGUCCUCUCCUGCUCUGCAGUCUCUGUCCUCUCCUGCUCUGCUCUGCAGUCCCAGUCUCUGUCCUCUCCUGCUCUGCUCUGCAGUCCCAGUCUCUGUCCUCUCCUGCUCUGCUCUGCAGUCUCUGUCCUCUCCUGCUCUGCUCUGCAGUCUCUGUCCUCUCCUGCUCUGCUCUGCAGUCCCUGUCUCUGUCCUCUCCUGCUCUGCUCUGCAGUCCCUGUCUCUGGCCUCUCCUGCUCUGCUCUGCAGUCCCUGUCUCUGGCCUCUCCUGCUCUGCUCUGCAGUCCCUGUCUCUGUCCUCUCCUGCUCUGCUCUGCAGUCCCAGUCUCUGUCCUCUCCUGCUCUGCUCUACAGUCUCUGUCCUCUCCUGCUCUGCUCUACAGUCUCUGUCCUCUCCUGCUCUGCAGUCUCUGUCCUCUCCUGCUCUGCUCUGCAGUCCCAGUCUCUGUCCUCUCCUGCUCUGCUCUACAGUCUCUGUCCUCUCCUGCUCUGCAGUCUCUGUCCUCUCCUGCUCUGCUCUGCAGUCCCUGUCUCUGUCCUCUCCUGCUCUGCUCUGCAGUCCCUGUCUCUGUCCUCUCCUGCUCUGCACAGCUCAUCAACAGACUCCAUGCAGCCAGUCAAGGCCAAAAAUAGUAGCACCCCGCCUUGAGGUCUGUGCCUCUCUCUCUUUUUUAUUUAUGUAUUUAUUUUUGUAUAUAUGCAGGCAGGCACAGUGCAAUCAGUCUCUCCACAGAAUGGUAGACACAUUGUUUUCCCCUCGACAGGGUGGUCAUGCCCCCAAACAACACCACUUCAUAAAUUGCUGUCCUGGCAGCAUUUCAACAGUCACACCCAGGACUAGCAUUAAGUAGGGACUGCUAGAAGACAGAGCGCUCUAUACCAUGCUGCUUAAUUACUUUAUAAAGCAGGGGCAUACAUUUCUUUCUUUCUCCCUCCCUCCCCCUUUUUGUUUAGUCUAAUCACUCUUUAAUUUAGGGAGCAGGUGACUUGAGUAAAUCCAUUAGAGAUAUUCACUCUUCUUUUCUCUUUUCCUCUCCUCCCUUCACUGCAGUCUCUCUGUUUUCUCCCUUCACUGCGGUCUCUCUGUUUUCUCCCUUCACUGCAGUCUCUCUGUUUUCUGCCUCCUCUCAGACGAGGGUUUUCCUCUCUGUGUGUAGUGGUGCAGGAUGGCGUCUGUGAAGUAAACCCACAGAACUGAACCAUCACGUGAGAUGGGUAACACACACACACCCACCCCCUCCCUCUCCAAGGGAUAAUAUGCAUGAUGUAGACUAGAUGCAGGUACAGCACACGGAUAUUCUUCCUCAACAUAUUGCCAUUUUAUAAUUAUAAGCCUGAGAAGUCUACUGUAAAGAGACAUUUUCCUCCGACAUUUUACUGUUAUAUGUUUAGAAUGGCCAUGUGUCUACACGAGGAAUUAUGACGCACCCGUCCACAAUUAAACUCAUUAGAAGGGUGGGGGAAGGAAGGUAAAUGAUGGUGCAGAUAUUGCUAAGCAAUCAGAAGCUUUUAUUGAUCGACUCUUCAUGCAGCAGCGGCACACCAUUAGUUUGUUCCUGCCAUCCAUCCCUUCUGUCAUACCGUACUGGGCUAUGGACAGAUGUCUGGAUAAGCCAGGCUGUUCAGUCAGUCGUUCAGGCCACUGAUGGGUUGGGCUGUGGUGGUCUCUCUUCUGCAGGUGCUCUGGCAGGGAUGGAGCUGUGACUAUGAAGCAUCAUAAUGGGUAGGGGGUAGAUGUUUAUGAUGCCAGGUGCUCUGCCAUCCCUGGUCUCUCUCUCUUUUCCUCCUCCAGGCCCACUCUAGGUCUCAUCUGUUUGGCUCUGUGCCAGCCUGCUCACUGAGGGGCUGCUCUGUGUGUGAGAGACUGUCUUAAGCCCUCUGUGCGUGUUAGCUGUGUAUGUGUGCAUCACCUCACCCCUGUGUGUUGCUUACUGCUUUGUAUGAGGACCCUUCUCUCUCCUGUGUAAGGUGCACUGCCCUGCCCCCAGUGCCCUGGCAUUGAGACAGACCAUGCUGGAGGCUCUUUACAGGUGUUGUAGUACCAGUGUUAGGUUUCAUUAACCUCUCGUCACCCUCCUAUCCUCCCUACAGUGUUAGGGAUUGGGUUCAUGACCAGGCAGGUAUCAUGUCCUCAGCAUGGAUUCAGGCUGUGUUAAUUAGCCUCUCCUCCACUGUGCUCAGUUCUGUUCUCUUAAAGAGCUGUCUGGUUGGAGUGAUCCACAGGUCUGUCUGUGCACAAUAGCAGCUAGCAGGCAGCAACAUGCCACUUUGACUGUAACACUUCAGUACAGUUCUGAGACUAGAGCUGCUGCCCUGCUGCAUAUCUGGAGGAGAGGGAGGGGGAGGACUAUGGGCUGGGAGGGGGAGGACUAUGGGCUGAGAGGGGGAGGACUAUGGGCUGAGAGGGGGAGGACUAUGGGCUGAGAGGGGGAGGACUAUGGGCUGAGAGGGGGAGGACUAUGGGCUGAGAGGGGGAGGCGUAUGGGCUGAGAGGGGGAGGCGUAUGGGCUGAGAGGGGGAGGCGUAUGGGCUGAGAGGGGGAGGCGUAUGGGCUGAGAGGGGGAGGCGUAUGGGCUGAGAGGGGGAGGGAGAUGGAUGAGUGGAGAAAGGGGGAUAGGGAAUAGAUGGAUGGAUGGAUGGAGGGAGGGAGGGAGUAGUUUGACAGUGUGAUUUUCCUGUUCCUUGCUGUAUUAUCGCCACAGUCCCUGGUCUGGUCCUCCCUCCCGUUCACAAGUCAGUGAGCCCUGCUUGAUUGGUUAGGAACUGAUGAGUGGCUGGGGACUACUUUCUACUCGGACAGGAAGAGAGAGAGAGAGAACAGGAGGGAGAGAACGGCCCUAGGGCCUAGACCUCAGCCAGUCAUAACUCCCUCUCUCAUUUCCUCCAUCUAUCCCUAUAUCUUUAUCCCUCUCCCUUUCUCUCUCGUUCUCUUUUCUCUCUAUCCCUCCCUAGACCUCAGUCACUACUCUCUCCUCUCCUCUCUCUCCUCUCACUCUCUCUCCCUAGCUCUGCACUGGCCAGCUGGGUGGAAAGAAUCACUUGUUUAUAUCUUCCCGCUGUCUGUCAGGGGCUUGUGCUGUUCACCGGCCUCCGUUACCUAGCAACUGCAGUAGCAGCCUCACAAACAGCGCUGUCUGUGUGUGUGUGUCUCGACUGUGUUAGCUAGCAAGGCACAUGCAUCCCUCUGAGAGCUCUCUGCCUGCCAGGGUGGUGUCCUUUGUGCAGCUAGCUGCCUUGUGUGGCUCUCUGGGUGAUGUCAAAGGAGUGGGUCUAUUUUCCUCUUUGCCACAUAUACACACACAUAGACAGACACAACAUACACAGACACAACACAGAAACACCACACACCUCCUCCUCCUCCUUGCCACACAUGCUCCCAACUCUACCCACCUAACAGCUCCUUUUGUCUGCCCUCUCCUCCCCCGGCGGGCUCUAUACCAGUCUACAUGUCAGUCUGUCUGUCCUUAGAGAAGGCACUCUGUCUGCCUAGUGCACUGUCUGUUUCUUUGUGGUGGUGAAAGGGAUUGGAUGUCAGAUGGGGCUGCUCUCUGUAGAUGUGAAGGGUUAUUAAGGUCUAGUCUGGUGUGCUUGUUGAUGCCUGUGUGUCGAAAUCAGUUCACAUGCUGUGCUUGCUACAGUUAUCUACAGGGUGCUUCUCUGGAGAGCUGCUCUCUCUUGGUUGACGCUGUCUGAAUGCCCACACCCACCUCAACAUGGCACUGGUGGUCUGAUGUUUAGUGGUGGCUUGCAUUCUAUCUCCUCGCCUUCCAAGGUCCCUGCUCUUUGACCUUCUUCUCCAAUGGCUUUGAUGGGGCGGCGCACAAUUGGCCCAGCGUCGUCCAGGGUAGGGGAGGGAAUGGCCGGCAGGGAUGUAGCUCAGUUGGUAGAGCAUGGCGUUUGCAACGCCAGGGUUGUGGGUUCGAUUCCCACGGGGGGCCAGUAUGAUUUAAAAAUAUAUAAUAAUGUAUGCACUCACUAACUGUAAGUCGCUCUGGAUAAGAGCGUCUGCUAAAUGACUAAAAUGUAAAUGUAAAAUGUAAAGAAUCACAAUGAAUCGAGGAAACCUUAAUUGAGAAAAAGACAAUGGGAUUCCAGUAUAUUUUGACAACAUCCUGUGUCACCCUCUGCAUGGUUCCAGUUAUAGCUAGAUGUUAUUUUUGUGUAGGCUGUUUUCUCUGCAGAAAUCUUCCAUGCCUUGAGUCCAAAUUCAACAAUUGGGCCCAGGGGACUGCGGGCUGCAGCAUUGCACUGCACAGCAUCUCUCACUCUGUCAGUCCUACCGUCGCUCAUGACAUCUGGUCUGCAUGGUCUCCAGUCUCUUCCUACAGCCGCAUGGUCCCCAGUCUCUUCCUACAGCCGCAUGGUCCCCAGUCUCUUCCUACAGCCGCAUGGUCCCCAGUCUCUUCCUACAGCCGCAUGGUCCCCAGUCUCUUCCUACAGCCACACAUUCCCCAGUCUCUUCCUACAGCCACACAUUCCCCAGUCUCUUCCUACAGCCACAUGGUCCCCAGUCUCUUCCUACAGCCACAUGGUCCCCAGUCUCUUCCUACAGCCGCAUGGUCCCCAGUCUCUUCCUACAGCCACAUGGUCCCCAGUCUCUUCCUACAGCCACAUGGUCCCCAGUCUCUUCCUACAGCCACAUGGUCCCUAUUCUAAUAGAGUAGGUUGUAUUACAGUCUGAUAUUAAGCCUUGAAUAGUCACGCGCAUCACACUUCCACCUCAAGCUAGCCUGGUGAUGAGGUGGGGCCUGGAAUAGUCACGCGCAUCACACUUCCUCCUCAAGCUAGCCUGGUAGAGUGGCCUGGAAUAGUCACGCGCAUCACACUUCCUCCUCAAGCUAGCCUGGUGAUGAGUUGGGCCUGGAAUAGUCACGCGCAUCACACUUCCUCCUCAAGCUAGCCUGGUGAUGAGGUGGGGCCUGGAAUAGUCACGUGCAUCACACUUCCUCCUCAAGCUAGCCUGGUGAUGAGGUGGGGCCUGGAAUAGUCAUGCGCAUCACACUUCCUCCUCAAGCUAGCCUGGUGAUGAGGUGGGGCCUGGAAUAGUCACGUGCAUCACACUUCCUCCUCAAGCUAGCCUGGUGAUGAGGUGAGGCCUGGAAUAGUCAUGUGCAUCACACUUCCUCCCCAAGCUAGCCUGGUGAUGAGGUUAGGCCUGGAAUAGCCCACACCUGAACCGGUCCGUCAAUCAGUGAGGUCUAGAUGGCUUGGCUUCCAUUUAGUGACGUCACACACACUGUUUAUUUUUUUUGCAUGCUACACGACUUCAGGAUAACCUCAUCCCACAUCAGUCAUCCACCCCCCUCCCCCACUCCCUCAUGGAGAGAGUCCCCCCUCUGCUAUCCACUCAGUUAUUUAGCUAAUGGCCUCCUAUGCUCUGUGUGGUGGCGUGCGCUCAUGAAUCAAGGCUCCUUUACAUGCCUUUGUUGUUUUCAUCAGUUUGUCUGAGCAAGGCUGGCUGGCUGGCUGGCUGGCUGGCUGGCUGGCUGGCUGGCUGGCUGGCUGGAGGUAUUUGUCUUCCCGUGGUUGGAAAGUGUGUAAGUCAGAGUUGUUUUACUGGACUGGGUGAAUUCCCGCCUCCCUAAGCAGAGGCCAAUCCAUCUCCAUUGUGUGCAAGUCUAGUUUUAAGUCUCUUAGUAAAAGAAGUCAUGUCACUCGACUGACUGCAUCACAGGCUGUAAAUAUGUGUUUAAAGUGAGCACGCUUGCUUUUUGGUAAAUUAACUUUGAGUCUGGCUACUACUUUAAUUCGUUUUAUGUCGCUGUAUAAUGCUGAGUUGCUUUGUCUUUUGACUCUGUGCCAGUUUCACAAUUGUUACUAUGGGUUGAGGUAACCAACUGAGUUUGGCACCACAGCUUCCCGUCUCUCACAUGAACACAAACUCAUGUCUAAAGUACUCUCUCAACCAGGCUUGUCCUCUCUCUCUCCUGUCUCUCAGGUCAGAAGACGUGUCUCCACCUCCAUGGCAUCUUCCCCUACCUCUAUGUGCCCUACGAUGGCUACGGGCAGCAGGCGGAGCUCUACCUGCGUCAGGUGGCCUUCAGCAUCGACAGGGCCCUCAAUGUGUCCAUGGGAAACCCCUCCUCUAACACACAACACGUCUUCAAGGUGGCACUUGUCUCCGGCAUGUAAGUACCCGCUCCCUCUCUUUUAGACAUCACUGUUCUGUAGUAGGGUCAGUCACUACAUAGCAGAGGCUCUUGCUCAAUUAGUUUUUCUCGAUUCCACGUUGCAGGAGAUGGCACAAUGUUCCUACCCUAAGCCAUUCUCCUCCCUAUGGGUUUUGAGUGGGAGGUGAAGAGGGAAGACAUGAGAAAUCAAGAAAAUACUAAUUGAGAAAGGGCCAGAGUUUAGUCUAGAGGCUGAAAGUGUCAAUGUUAGAAGGUGAAUGAUAGGUCAUGUCCAUAAUCAGGUAUCGUGAUGUUUCCCAAGAGGUUUGUCUGACGGUGGUCUCUCCCUCUCUCCACAGUCCUUUUUAUGGAUACCAUGCCAAAGAGAAGACGUUUAUGAAGAUCUAUCUGUACAACCCUCAGAUGGUCAAAAGGUGAGGAGGGUGUUCUACUGGUUUUGCCUUAGCUGGCGCUUCUCACUGGUCUGUGUUUUGGUUUGAGCUGCAAUAGCCUGUCUUAACAUUGAUCCUGUGUUUCUCUUGUUGGAGAGUGGUAUUCUCUCUCUCUGACUGUGCUCAUGACUAUGAUGCUCACUCUACUGAUAUUGAUUGCCAGGCUUAUAUAGUACAGAGCACUCACUGUGUGUGUUUUAGACAGGGGGUGUGUGAGAGAGAGUCCUAAAAAUGAGGUUCAAUGUUCAGUAGCACCCCUGAACCCACCGGUUCAGAGACAUGAGGAGAGGGACUGAUACUGGGGGAGGGAGGGACUGAGAGAGGAGAGGGACUGAUACUGAGAGGAGAGAGGGACUGAGAGAGAGGGGGAUUUAUGCUGAGGGAUAGAGGGACUGAUACUGAGAGAGCGAGGGACUGAUACUGGGGGAGGAGAGGUAGAGGGGGACUGAUUCGGAGGGUGGAGAGGAGAGAGACUAACUGGCACACUGUCUGCUCCCCGGCCUGACUGGGUGUUUAUGAGCCGACGUCUAGAGCCCCUGUCUCAUUUCAGAUCUGUCACUCGGGUGAACUGUCACUGUGGCCUACAUUAUUAUUAUUAUUAUUAUUAUUAUUAUUAUUAUUAUUAUUAUUAUUAUUAUUAAUAUAGGACAGACAAAGACUGGGGCUGAUGAGGUGGCAGCGUGGUAGGCACAGCUUGUCCCAUGAAUUAAUCAUAAAACUGAGGAUUAGCUGAUCACUGCCAAACAAACAUUCUGGAUAAUGUAGAGAACCUUGAACUAUUUAUUGAUCAGCAUUCUGAUAUGCUCGAAAAAGAAUCAGAUACAUCGAAGCGAACAAGAGAAGACCUUUCCUCGCUCUGCGAGCAAAACGGAAGGGAAGCCGCCAUUUUUAAAUUUCUAAAUUUAACAUUGGAGGGGGAUGUUUUUAUAACUAUGUCUCCAGAAGAUAGAGCAUUGCUUACAAGCAUGAGCGAACCGUUAAAAAAGCUGGAUAUAUUGCCUGGGCUACUGGGGGAGGUUGAGGCCUUAAAAACAGGAAUGGUUUACAGUAAUAAAAUGAUGGAAGAAAUAUGAGCGAAAAUAAGAUAUUGAAAACUACCGUGGACUCUACGGAGAGGCUACGGUAUGAUAAUAAAACAAUGAAAGCCGAAUGACUUGAUCUAAAGUGCAGAAGUAUGAAGAACAUUGUUAUAAUGUUAAUAAAGGAGAAUGAAAACGAAAACUAUCAGUCAAAGGAGGAAAAAGUCAAGGUUUUCAUAAAACGUAAUCUCUACGAUGACGGACGAACAGGUGAAUACAAUUGAUUUUCAAAGGGCUCACCGUUUCGGUGGCAGGGGUGAGGGAAUGCCCUGUCCGAUAGUAGCUAGGUUAAAUGAAGAUUACCUUUCUACAACAGGGUAGGGAGCUGAAGAACACGCCAUUCUCUAUUAAUGAAAUAAUGGAGAGACGAUGUUCCCUGUACCCCACUUUCAAAAGGCUCCGAGCAGAUAAGCAGAAUGUUUGUCUAGUGGUCGAUAAAUAUUACGUAAACAACCAAAUGUUCAAGGACUCGGAAGAUUACAACGUGGCUGUGAGUGAUAGCUACUUCCUGCGGAAGUAGUCCCGACACACAUUUGCGCACCGCAUUACACAUUACAAUUAUGAAUACAUUUUUUUCAAUUAUUAUUAUUUAAAAAAUGUAUGCAUGAUUUUUCUUUUUAUUCAUGCAGUACAGAACCGUGGACUUCAAAUAAGGUUGGACUUUUGGGAAUGCCAAAUGAGUAUGAUGGACUUAUCCUUUUUUUAUUUAGGCAAUAACGAACUUUGGACUAUAUGGACUUAAAAUCAGGUUUUGAUUUAGGGAAAGGCGAAUAUAAAGUAUUUUUUAAACAAACAAAAUAUUUAUUUAAUUGAUAAAAUGCCAAGUUUUUUAUUAAUUUUUUAAUAUGAUAUGGCCUCAUUGUAGAGAUCGGGGUAUAUUAUGACUUAAAAGCUGUUAUAUAGUGCAGCCCUUUUUGGCGGAUGUGAAUCGGAACGAAUAGAAUUGAAGAUGAAACGUAAUAAAUAUGAAUAGAUCUAAUGUAGGGCUAGGAUAAAGUAUUACAGAAUUAAAAACCUGUCUAGGUUCUCUAUUGGAAUAAGCCUAUACAUAACCUGUCUAGGUUCUCUAUUGGAGUAAGCCUAUACAAUCCUAAAAUAAUUGGUGUCAUUAUCUUUUUACAUUUAAAAAAUACAUCUCAAUAUUAUUGUUCCGAUACACACUGGCAAAUGGAUUGGGUAUUGUCAACGGGGUUGUUGUCUCUAUUAGUGUGCGGCUGGCUAACACUGGGUUAAACUGAUUAAAGCUAACGGUAGAGCCAACACAAUAACUGGCUUAUGGAAGCACUUCUCUAAGCGCGAAGUAUAUUAUAUAUUUUUACAUGAGCUAUUUACGGUACCCUUAUAUUAUUGAUCCUAAUGUUAUAGGCCUAUGUGUAAAACAGCUGCAGUGAUAGAGCAACGACCCUGGAAUAAAAACAACGUGUGUGGGUGGAGAGAGGGUUGGUUUUUCAGUUUUACUCGCUCUGGAUUGUCAGUAAUGCAUGUCGUCUUUGCUAUCGUGCCAUGGCUGUAUCAGGGUUGGUUGUAAGUUAAACUUAUGUAUCCCUUUAUGGGUAGUGUGAUGCUUACAUUUACAUUUUAGUCAUUUAGCAGACGCUCUUAUCCAGAGCGACUUACAGUUAGUGAAUACCAAUUUUUUUUUAUUAUUUUUUUUAUACUGCCCCCCCCCUGGGAAUCGAACCCACAACCCUGGCGUUGCAAACGCCAUGCUCUAUCAACUGAGCUACAUCCCUGCCGGCCAUUCCCUCCCCUACCCUGGACGACGCUGGGCCAAUUGUGCGCCGCCCAUGAGUCUCCCGGUCGCGGCCGGCUGCGACAGAGCCUGGAUUCGAACCAGGAUCUCUAGUGGCACAGUUAGCACUGCGAUGCAGUGCCUUAGACCACUGCGCCACUCAGGAGGCUCGUGGGCGGCCUGCUUAAGACACAUUUUUACUGGCUGACAUUAGCGGCUGUUAGAAUGUAUGUUCCUUCUUCCCUUUUGUCGGAAUAAAACAGGAUAUAGUGAGACUACAUUAAAUACGUCUCUCUGCCGAUAGGCAGCGUGCAUGUAAUGGACAUAAUGAACUGGUCGUGCGAUAUUUAUAGGUAUUUUUCUCUUCCUUUUUCAAUUUCUUUGGAACAAUUGGAUCCUAUGAACUGAGCAGGCUGGGCUGACAUGCUUAUAGCCUUUUCUAGGACUUUCUUAAUAUGAGCAUGAAUCUAUAAUAUUGUGCUGGUAUUAUUUCUAUGAAUAUCUAUUGUUUAUUGUUUUCCAUGUUAUGUGGUUAGUUCUCUCUUAAAAAGCACCCUCAUAGAUAUGCAAUAUACCUAUGGGGCUUUGAAUUUGUAAGUGAAGCGUGGCAGUGUUGAAUUAUGUUAUGUGGUGGAAAUUCUAAUCAAGUGAGAGAGAUUUUGUCAUUUCUUCAAACAAUCAUCUUUAUUUAAUAUCGGUUAAUUAUUGCAAUAAUAAGGCUGGUCGACCCAACACUCUUGAGUGUUGGGAUGAGAGCUCUCACAUACAAAAAAUACAAAUAUAUUUUAUAGCACGAUACACCCUCUCAGUCUACAUGACAAACAGCAGAUGUGUGGAAUGGGUCAAAAGAUGAGACUUGUUGUAUGAUAAAGGAGUAUCCCCCAGCCAGAUAGCAUUUGCUGUGAAGACUGUUCUCAUUGUAUGGAAACCAGGGUUUGGCCCCUACCUGAGCCAUCUCUCCCUGGUACCUUACAUUACACAAACACCAACUCAUUCUAUGAAUAGCAUUUGCAGGUUUUAUCACCAAACCAUACAUAAAUCAGUUGUCAGCUCCAGAUACCCCUAUCUUGAGUAAAACCCAUGUCCUUGACCACACACCUAGACUAGCUGCAGGGAGCUGGAGUAGAAACCAUCCCUUUACAAAAACACAGCAUUAGUAGAACAGUAUAUAAUUGUUAACUAUUAAUAUUAAACGAAGCAGGUGAACAUGUUACAUGUUAAUUUUUCUCUCACGUUCCCCUCUCAAGGAACUACUUUCCUUCCAGGAAAAAUAUGAACAGUAACUUGUCAAAUCUUAGUAACAUUUGUUGCAGAAUUUAUGAAUGAUUUAAAAAUAAGAAAAACUGAAUCAAUACCCUUCAAUGUCGAGUACCUUAUGCUCACUCCACGUGGACUCCUGUCACACUCCUGAGAGAAAAGGCAUGAGAGAAAAGGCAGUUGAUAGCUUCGAUUGGAUGCUGUGUACAGGUUGCUGGCUUGGACUCAGGUCUCUCGGUAGAAGUGGUGCAGGACCAUACUGAACACCAUUUCUUCAACCGGUUAGAGGGGGUUUUGAGGUUCACACCAUUCUCGGGCUAAUUAUCCCUUCCAUGCAUAUAAACUCAGCAAAAAAAGAAACGUCCCCUUUUUCAGGACCCUCUCUUUCAUAUAUAAUUCGUAAAAUUCCAAAUAACUUCACAGAUCUUCAUUGUAAAGGGUUUAAACACUGUUUCCCAUGCUUGUUCAAUGAACCAUAAACAAUUAAUGAACAUGCACCUGUGGAACGGUCGUUAAGACACUAACGGCUUACAGACAGUAGGCAAUUUAAGGUCACAGUUAUGAAAACUUAGGACACUAAAGAGGCCUUCCUACUGACUCUGAAAAACACCAAAAGAAAGAUGCCCAGGGUCCCUGCUCAUCUGCGUGAACGUGCCUUAGGCAUGCUGCAAGGAGGCAUGAGGACUGCAGAUGUGGCCAGGGCAAUAAAUUGCAAUGUCCGUACUGUGAGACGCCUAAGACAGCGCUACAGGGAGACAGGACGGACAGCUGAUCAUCCUCGCAGUGGCAGACCACGUGUAACAACACCUGCACAGGGUCGGUACAUCCGAACAUCACACCUGCAGACAGGUACAGGAUGGCAACAACAACUGCCCGAGUUACACCAGGAACGCACAAUCCCUCCAUCAGUGCUCAGACUGUCCGCAAUAGGCUGAGAGAGGCUGGACUGAGGGCUUGUAGGCCUGUUGUAAGGCAGGUCCUCACCAGACAUCACUGGCAACAACGUCGCCUAUGGGCACAAACCCACUGUCGCUGGACCAGACAGGACUGGCAAAAAGUGCUCUUCACUGACGAGUCACGUUUUUUUUUGUCUCACCAGGAGUGAUGGUCGGAUUCGCAUUUAUCGGCGAAGGAAUGAGCGUUACUCCGAGGCCUGUAAUCUGGAGCGGGAUCGAUUUGUAGGUGGAGGGUCCGUCAUGGUCUGGGGCGGUUUGUCACAGCAUCAUCGGACUGAGCUUGUUGUCGUUUCAGGUCAUCUCAACGCUGUGCGUUACAGGGAAGACCUCCACCCUCGUGGUACCCUCCUGCAGGCUCAUCCUGACAUGACCCUCCAGCAUGACAAUGCCACUAGCCAUACUGCUCGUUCUGUGCGUGAUUUCCUGCAAGACAGGAAUGUCGGUGUUCUGCCAUGGCCAGCAAAGAGCCUGGAUCUCAGUCCCAUUGAGCACGUCUGGGAGCUGUUGGAUCGGAGGGUGAGGGCUAGGGCCAUUCCCCCCAGAAAUGUCCGGGAACUUGCAGGUGCCUUGGUGGAAGAGUGGGGUAACAUCUCACAGCAAGAACGGGCAAAUCUGGUGCAGUCCAUGAGGAGGAGAUGCACUGCAGUACUUAAUGCAGCUGGUGACCACACCAGAUACUGACUGUUACUUUUGAUUUUGACCCACCCUUUGUUCAGGGACACAUUAUUCCAUUUCUGUUAGUCACAUGUCUGUGGAACUUGUUCAGUUUAUGUUUCAGUUGUUGAAUCUUAUGUUCAUACAAAUAUUUACACAUUUGCUGAAAAUAAACGCAGUUGACAGUGAGAGGACUUUUCUUUUUUUGCUGAGUUUAGAUACCAUCUGUAGUCACCCUCACCAUAACAUCGAGAGAGGACAGGUCAGAACAACCGUUUUUAGUUCAUUUCUGAUUCAGGAAAUCCAGACAAGCAUGAACUGUAUGACAAAUUAUUACUUUUACCAAUAUUCUCAAUACAAAUUUCUAAGACAAAUGUCAAAUAGAAAAACAACACAUUCUGUUGAAACAAUCUUUUCAAAUUGACUUAUACUCCCCUAUCACACUGUCGACCUCACCGCAGAGUCACAGGAUCAGGAAGGUAGACCACUAAUCCUUAGGGAGUAAUCUCGAUCAUCCAGCAGAUCCAACCACACUAGAAAAUUGUCAAAAUAGUUGUACCUGCUUUUUUCGCAAUAAUCACUGAUCUGGCUUUCAGGUCUGUCUAUAAAAAUGCCUUUUUUCUUACAAAUUUAACCAGAACCAUGCAUAAUGCACAUUCACUAAUAAUGUAGCAGGCAUUAUAGAAAAUUAACACCGGUCUCAAAAACUCUCAAGCACAAGCCCACGUGCUAGUGAGUAGCCAGCUAAUAUUUGUAUUUCAAGUUUAGCCAUGGAUCUAGGUAUAAUUUCACAAGCUCUGAAUUCAGCUAAUAAGGCAAAACAGUUGAAUUGUUAUGAACACAACCUUCUGUCCAACUGUUUGAACAGCAUGCUUGGCUGUCCACUUUGUUCAGAUGUUGAAAUCGAGUGGCCUACCUUAUUUCUCAGAAUGAGAAUGAGUUGCCAAUUCCUUAUAUAAUUGUUUUAUGCUUAUUGCACAUUUAUAAAACACAGACUGAACAGCUAGUAUAACAAUCUUUAUUUGACAAAAAUGCUGCUAGCUAUACGUGGUACUGUAAUACGUGCGCGACAAACUGAGCAUACAUUUUACAGAAUUAAUGUUCAUUGGUACUUCCGUUUCAGUAGUGUCUGCUCUGCUUGAAAUUUGAAGGGUAUGGUUUAAACAGGGUAUGGUUCGAAAGGUUAACUUCUCUAUUACAGUAAAAUAAUGUCUCCAUGUGUUUCGGUGUCCAUAUGCCCAAUUCUGUUGGACCAAAUGCAAAUAGGGAGUUGAAACCGUUUGUCAGAAGGAAGAAGGGAUCGCUCAUCUUUGUUGUUGUGAUUGAUUGGUAGGGGGAGGGGCUUGGGAGAAAGAGACUAAGUGAGAGGUUUCACUCUCGCCAAAAUCUGUCCAAAAUAAGCCCAAUGCGUAUCUAUGCGCUUAUUUUGAACCUAAGCUUGUCGCCUGCCUUCAUGCCUUUGGGACAACGACUCCCAUUGUUAGGGCGGAGACAUGAGCAUCUCUUCAUUAUAUACAGAUCUCUGGUGUAAAUGGGAAAGUGCACAGCACAGAAGGAGCGAACAAGACGAGACCAACAAGACAACAUGAGAACAAGCGGACAUAAACGCUCAUGAAAACGAAAAAUACAACAAACCUCGAUUCUACAAUACAGGCAUUUGGAAUGUCGCGCAAAAACAUAACAUCUAAUUAAUUGAAUUAAUUAGUUAUAUCGCCCAGCCCUAUGUCACGGUAUCUUUCCAACAACUAGGUCUACAAGGUGAAUGAGAUUUGAAUGGUGUUUUGUGAAAGCAUAUUGAAUGAAACAAUCUUAUUUGUUUAUUUUGUUGUGGAUUUUGGAACACAUUGCUUUUUCUGUACGCAAAGUAAAUGUCUGUAAAUAGUAGACAAAGUAUAUAUCUUAUCGUGUGUGUGUGUGGUUCCAGGGUGUGUGAGCUGUUACAAGGAGGUGCUGUGAUGAACAAGAGCUACCAGCCCCAUGAGGCCCACAUCCCCUACCUACUGCAGCUAUUCAUCGACUACAACCUGUAUGGCAUGAACAUGGUCAACCUGGGAGCCGUCAAGUUCCGCCGGAGCCAGCAGCGCGAAGGUAAGGGACUCUCCGGGGUGAAGUUUCUUCUAAGUACAGAUCCAGAAUCCGUUUCCCCUCCCCAAUCAUAGCCUUAAAAAUUAGUGGGGGGGAUAGGGUGCGGUGGUGCUACUGCAUCUUAUUGAAUGUGUGUGGGGGGGAUCAGUAUGAGGGAGGAAGGGAGGGGUGAGGGUAAAGGUCUAGCAUCCUACUCUUUUUUUUCUUUUUUGUUUUAAGUUCAUGACUUAGUCUGGGUGGGGGAACAGAGGGUUAAUGUGAUUCCUUAUUGUUUUCUUUGUACUCCUCUGUCUAGAUAUAGAUAUGUAUGUAUGUAUGUGUGUGUGUGUGUGUGUGUGUGUGUGUGUGUAUAUAUAUAUAUAUAUAUAUAUAUAUAUAUAUAUAUAUAUAUAUAUAUAUAUAUACACACACAGUUGAAGUCGGAAGUUUACAUACACCUUAGCCAAAUACAUUUAAACUCAGUUUUUCACAAUUCCUGACAUUUAAUCCUAGUAAAAAUUCCCUGUUUUAGGUCAGUUAGGAUCACCACUUUAUUUUAAGAAUGUGAAAUGUCAGAAUAAUAGUAGCGAGUGAUUUAUUUAAGCUUUUAUUUAUUUCAUCACAUUCCCAGUGGGUCAGAAGUUUACAUACACUCAAUUAUUAUUUGGUAGCAUUGCCUUUCAAUUGUUUAACUUGGGUCAAAUGUUUCGGGUACCUUCCACAAGCUUCCCACAAUAAGUUGGGUGAAUUUUGGCCCAUUCCUCCUGACAGAGCUGGUGUAACUGAGUCAGGUUUGUAGGCCUCCUUGCUCGCACAUGCUUUUUCAGUUCUGCCCACAAAUGUUCUAUAGGAUUGAGGUCAGGGCUUUGUGAUGGCCACUCCAAUACCUUGACUUUGUUGUCCUUAAGCCAUUUUGCCACAACUUUGGAAGUAUGCUUGGGGUCAUUGUCCAUUUGGAAGACCAAUUUGCGACCAAGCUUUAACUUCCUGACUGAUGUCUUGAGAUGUUGCUUCAAUAUAUCCACAUAAUUGUCCUUCCUCAUGAUGCCAUCUAUUUUGUGAAGUGCACCAGUCCCUCUUGCAGCAAAGCACCCCCACAGCAUGAUGCUGCCACCCCGUGCUUUAUGGUUGGGAUGGUUUUCUACGGCUUGCAAGUCCCCCAUUUUUCCUCCAAACAUAACGAUGGUCAUUAUGGCCAAACAGUUCUAUUUUUGUUUCAUCAGACCAGAGGACAUUUCUCCAAAAACUACGAUCUUUGUCCCCAUGUGCAGUUGCAAACCAUAGUCUGUCUUUUUUAUGGCGGUUCUGGAACAGUGGCUUCUUCCUUGCUGAGCGGCCUUUCAGGUUAUGUCGAUAUAGGACUCGUUUACUGUGGAUAUAGAUACUUUUGUACCUGUUUCCUCCAGCAUCUUCACAAGGUCCUUUGCUGUUGUUCUGGGAUUGAUUUUGCACUUUUCGCUCCAAAGUACAUUCAUCUCUAGGAGACAGAACACGUCUCCUUCCUGAGCGGUAUGACGGUUGCGUGGUCCCAUGGUGUUUAUACUUGCGUACUAGUGUUUGUACAGAUGAACGUGGUACCUUCAGGCGUUUGGAAAUUGCUCCCAAUAAUGAACCAGACUUGUGGAGGUCUACGAUCUUUUUUCUGAUGUCUUGGCUGAUUUCUUUUGAUUUUCCCAUGAUGUCAAGCAAAGAGGCACUCAGUUUGAAGGUAGGCCUUGAAAUAUAUCCACAGGUACACCUCCAAUUGACUCAAAUUAUGUCAAUUAGCCUAUCAGAAGCUUCUAAAGCCAUGACAUCAUUUUCUGGAAUUUUCCAAGCUGUUAAAAGACACAGUCAACUUAGUGUAUGUAAACUUCUGACCCACUGGAAUUGUGAUUAAGUGAAAUAAUCUGUCUGUAAACAAUUGUUGGAAAAAUUACUUGUGUCAUGCACAAAGUAGAUGUCCUAACCGACUUGCCAAAACGAUAGUUUCUUAACAAGACAUUUGUGGAGUGGUUGAAAAACGAGUUUUAAUGACUCCAAACUAAGUUUAUGUAAACUUCUGACUUCAACUGUAUACACACACACACACACACACACACACACACACACACACACACACACACACACACACACAGUACCAGUCAAAAGUUUGGACACACCUACUCAUUCAAGGGUUUUUCUUUAUUUUUACUAUUUUCUACAUUGUAGAAUAAUAGUGAUGGAGUUCUUGAAAUUUUCCGUAUUGACUGACCUUUAUGUCUUAAAGUAAUGACUGUCGUUUCUCUUUGCUUAUUUGAGCUGUUUUUGCCAUAAUAUUACCAAAUAGGGCUAUCUUCUGUAUACCCCCCUACCUUGUCACAACACAACUGAUUGGCUCAAACGCAUUAAGAAGGAAAGAAAUUCCACAAAUUAACUUUUAAGAAGGCACUCCUGUUAAUUGAAAUGCUUUCCAGGUGACUACCUCAUGAAGCUGGUUGAGAGAAUGCCAAGAGUGUGCAAAGCUGUCAUCAAGGCAAAGGGUGGCUAUUGGAAGAAUCUCAAAUAUAACAUAUAUUUUGAUUUGUUUAACAAUUCUUUGGUAACUACAUGAUUCCAUGUGUUAUUUCAUAGUUUUGAUGUCUUCACUAUUAUUCUACAAUGUAAAAAAUAGUCAAAAUAAAUAAUAAUCACUGUCAAUUAGGUUAGUAUUGUGGAGUAACUACAAUGUUGUUGAUCCAUUUUCAGUCUUCUCCUAUCACAGCCAUUCAUCUCUGUAACUGUUUUAAAGUCACUAUUGGCCUAAUGGUGAAAUCCCUGAGCAGUUUCCUUCCUCUCCGGCAACUGAGUUAGGAACGACUCCUGUAUCUUUGUAGUGACCGGGUGUAUUGAUACCCUAUCCAAAGUGUAAUUAAUAACUUCACCAUGCUCAAAGGGAUAUUCAAUAUCUGCUUUUUUAUUUAUUUUUACCAAUCUACCAAUAGGUGCCCUUUUUUGCGAGGCAUUGGAAAACCUCCCUGGUCUUUGUGCUUGAAUCGGUUUUUGAAAUUCACUGUUCAAAUGAGGGACCUUACAAUUAUCUGUAUGUGUGGGGUACAGAGAUGAGGUAGUCAUUCAAAAAUCAUGUUACACACUAUUAUUAUGCAUAUUUGUACUCCUGAAGUUGUUUAGGGUUUGAAUACUUAUUGACUCAAGACAUUUCAGCAUUUCAUUUUUAAUUAAUUUUUUAAAAAUAUGUGUGUAGCCAGUGACCGAUUUUAUAUGAAUUUAAUCAAUUUAAAAUUCAGGCUGUAACAACAAAAUGUGGAAAAAGUCAAGGGGUGUGAAUACUUUUUGAAGGCACUGUACAUGUCAUCACAAGAUGCCCAGCGCUUCAAGCCUCCUCCUCCAACCUCUCUCGCUCUCUCCCCACCCGCAAAAUUUCAGUUGCAUCUCGCACCCUACACUUACUUGUCUUUCCAGCACGCAUGUAACCAACUCACUGAGCUAUAGCUUUCCCGCUCCAUAGCAAGCUGCUGUAUAUGCACUGCAUGAUUGGUGAAGGAAUUUAAUGUCGUGCUAAAUGUUUACUGAACAAAAAUAUAAACGCAUCAUGCAACAAUUUCAAAGAUUUUACUGAGUUACAGUUCAUAUAAGGAAAUCAGUCAAUUGAAAUAAAUUCAUUAGGCACAGCCAUGGGUGGGCUUGGGAGGGCACUGGGGAGCCAGGCCCAGCCAAUCAAAAUAUGUUUUUCCCCACGAAAGGGCUUUAUUACAGACAGGAAUACUCCUCAGUUUCAUCAGCUGUCUGGGUGGCUGGUCUCAGACGAUCCCGCAGGUGAAGAAGCCGAAUGUGGAGGUCCGUGGCUGGUAUGGUUAUACGUGGUCUGCGGUUGUGAGGCCGGUUGGACGUACUGCCAAAUUCUCUAAAACGACGGAGGCAGCUUAUGGUAGAGAAAUGAACAUUGAAUUUUGUGGCAACAGAUCUGGUGGACAUUACUGCAGUCAGCAUGCCAAUUGUACACUCCCUCAAAACUUGAGACAUCUGUGGCAUUGUGUUGUGUGACAAAACUGCACAUUUUAGUGGCCAUUUACUGUCCCGAGCACAUGGUGCACCUGUGUAAUGAGCAUGCUGUUUAAUCAAGUUCUUGAUAUGCCACACCUGUCAGGUGGAUGGAUUAUCUUGGCAAAGGAGGAUGCUCACUAAUAGGGAUGUAAACAAAUGUGUUCAUAACAUUUCUGGGAUCUUUUAUUUCAGCUAAUGAUACAUGGGACCAACACUUUACAUGUUUAGUUUAUAUUUUUGUUAAUUAUAUAUAUAUAUUUUAUAUAUAUAUAUUUUUUUAAAUCAGAGCUUAAAAAAGAACAGAAAGUAACAAUAUUAACUGGUACUUUUUUGGGUUCGAACCGGUUCAGAACUUUAUUUAGCUUUGUCAGAACAGUGGAACGGAACAAAAAAGAUUAUGGUUCAACUCCUGCUGUUGACUGUUACUGUUAGAUGUGAUUUGAUAUUACUGUUAGUUAUAGAUGUGGUUGAUAUUACUGUUGGUAGUGUUAGAUGUGGUUGAGGACUCUGUAGUUGCAGCAUUCCCAGUCAUAACAGAUCAAGGCUGUUUUCUGCUCUGAUGGACAGACAACCCAGGCUAUAGGUCCUCCUCCUCCACUGUGCUCUGGCUCUGUGGGGAGGCUGUAAGGAAGGACAAGGAGAGAGGGAAAGCUGCCAUGCUUUGUCAUGAUUUAUUAGUAGAGUUCUUUACAAUGGCCUUGAGAUGCCUCUGCUGCCUCUCUAGCUCGCACGAUCUAUCUCACACAGGUGUACACACACCUCCUUGUCCUGCUACCUAAUGCAUCCUGGUCAGUGUGAGAUUUCCAAAAAAGUGACAAGCAGAUGACACCCUGGCUUUUCAAAGACCUGACUGUAUAGAUAGACUAGAGAAGGUUUUAAUCAUAAAGCUCUACAAUGACAGUGCUAAGGCCUUUGAAUAAUACAGGACAGAGAAAGAGGGAGGGAGAACUAGAAGCAAUGGGGUGCCGGCCGGGCGGCAGCCCCCCUCCAGCCCUGAAACUAGACUAGAGGAGUAACUCUUCUACUGCACAUUCUCCUAGAACCCCAGAGCAUUCUGGAACACCGCCAGCCUGUUACAGACAAUAAGUCAUUAUGCAUAUGACCGAGAGAUCCGGGCUGUCAUCCCUGUAUGUCACCCAAUCCAGGAGCCUGAGGCCCAUUCCUAGUAAUAUCAUCAGUUUCUUCCUCUGUUUCACAGAGCUGGACAAACAAACACCCCGACAUCAAUCUAGAGAAAUAAGCCAGUAAGGGUUUGGAUAUGGAUCUAUUUACUUCUGUAUGUUGUUCAUUGAAUUGGUACUUUACACAGCUGUUUAUUAUUAAUAUGACCUCCCGCCUCACCUCUGCCAACCAAAACAAAACCGCAGCAACAAGCCAAGCUGGGACAUUUAUCUCCUAGUGAGAAUGAUAAAGUCGAAACUGUAAUCUGACGGUUGAGGCCGGGGGGCGGUCAGACAUGGACUCCCUUCCUCCUCCCUCCCUUCAUCCCAGGAAGUGAACUCAGUGGGAGGAAGAUAGUGGUAGAACAGGGGAGGUAUCUCAGUGGGAGUGGAGGAUCAGGGGAGCUUUCCCUCAGAUCUGAGGGUUGAACUUGGCCUUGGCUUCACACUCCUUCACACCUUUUCUUUCCUGCCUGAUCUAUUUGAUCUUGACUAGGGUUUAGUAAUCGCUAAUCCCGGGCCGUACUGAGCCGAGAUGGGACAGGUAUCUCCGCUCUGCAGUGCUCUUCAUGCCUGAGCGAGUCUCUCCUGGGCCAGGGGAGGCCGAACCCAGCAUCACACCACCAGGCAGAUUAAUAGGUUCUUAACAAUGUUCACGCAACACUCUCCCCAGACAAAGAGAGGGCUUGAAUGUUAAAUCCACCUCUGGAUUUCAAGCAAUCAAUGGAAAAGGGUUUGCAAAGAACCAAAAAGUACAAAGAGACCAAAGCGCUGUGACAAUGUACAACUGUUUACAUUCUUUUUAGUAUUGCUCCAAUUUGAAAGUGAGUUGGUAAUCUGGGAUCAAGUGAAGACGAUGACAACAUUUUGAAAACCCUGUGUAAAAAGCUGUGUAGAUCCAAAUCAAUUUGAAAUACUGAGCUGGUAUGCUUUUUUAGUUUUGCUGUAUGUUGAAGGCACAAUGUUUGUGGACUGUUUCAGCAAUACAAUCUCAGAUAGGCUUCCAACUAAUGACUCACAUUCAUGUGUGUGUCUAUGUAACAGAGGGGUCUCCCCCAGAUCGCCAGGGCUUCAGCAGCAGACCCAGCACCAGCCCCUUGAAGAGCCCCUGUACCUCCAAACUGAGUGACAGUACCCUAGGAGCCACGUUUGUCCGCUGGCAGGAGGAUGCCAUACCCUGGUGAGCCACACCUGCACAGACAGGCUCCUUUCACAUGUUGUGGGCCUCUACGGUGUUAGGUUUUUAUCGCUUGUUUGUACAUGAUAACUGUGGUUUUCUUCUUUCUUCUUCCCCCUCCUCGCUCUCUGUGUGAUGUAGUUCUCUAGUCCUGGAGGAUGUGGAGAAACAGAGUACGUGUGAGCUGGAGGCAGAUGCUGUGGCUGCAGACAUCCUCAACCGUCUGGAGAUAGAGAGUAAGGACAACAAACUUGAACACCUUUUUCUUGUCAUAGAUCAGUCAGCCAGUCAGGCAGACACGGUCGGCACACAAGGAGAGCCUGAGGGAGGGGAUGGCUACUGACUCACUCCUGCUCUGACUAUGUAACACAGAUGAGUGAUGGUGGCUUUUCGACAGCAGUGGUUGCAUCUCAAAUGGCACCCUAUUCCCUAUAGUGCACUACUUUUGACUAGAGCCCUAAAGGAGCCCUAUAAAGGCAAUAGGGUGCCAUUUGGGACGCAGCCUAUGUGACACAGAUGAGAGACAGAGGCCUUCUCCAGAUCAAACGGUGUCUGUCUCUCACCCCACUGCCAGGCUCCGGCUCUUCAGCACAUUGGAGCAUGAGAUCAGUGACCAUCCGGCCCAAAACAAACACUGUCCACUCACCCUAUCUGUCUGCCUUCUGUCUGGAGAGAGGGAGAGAGAAUUAGAAACAGAAGGAUGUAGGGUGGAAGAGCAGAUUGAACUGAGAACUUCAAGCAAAAGAGAACACAGUGUUUAGAACAUGCAGAGCCAUGUAUGAAUGUUCAUUCAUUGCUGGAAUGUGUUCCAAUUUCUCAAUUCAGAAUGAACUCUUUUUACAGACUUCCUGCUAUUGCUGAUACAUACUAGGAACAGAAGAAACAAAGUGAUUGCAUUUUUGGAUGUGUUUUAGAUGAGCUGUGCUCAGAAUAUGGAGUGUUUGCAACGGACACACACACAAUUAUCUGUAAAAGGUAGAAAGGGGGGGCACACCAGGGCAGUCCGCAUAUGUGGUCUUGGCACGUAGAUUUCCCAUCUGCCCCAAAAACGGAUAUACAAACUCUCAGUUGAAAAGGAAAUGGUUGAAGAAUGAUUCUAUGAUUUUGAGUUUGUGCCCAGUUCUGAGUGGUUGGCUCUUGAUCUUAAACUUUGCUUUGUGUGAGUAGGGCUGGCACAAUUAUUGUAUAAUCGUGUAACUGACAAUUAUGGACAAUAACCAUCAACUCAAAAAUGUAUUGUCUUAAUACAUUUAUUUUAGGAGAAGGGGUAUAUUCACUUUAUAUUAAAGUAGAUAUAAUUUACCCAAACAGUUUUUCAUUUUUACAUCAAGUGGGUAAAGUUGGUAAUCACUUUACGAGCAGAACGGCACGGUCUAAAGAAGCUUUAUUUCCAAAAGUUCUAAGCAGUCAAAACCAUUCGUUUUUUUUUAAACAGGGUUGUCUCCAAACCUGUGUUGUAUUCAUAUGUUGUAGAUCAUUUUCUAAGAUGCAUUAUGAUGCAUGACAAGCUCAAAAUCUAUAGACUCAGCAGAAAGAGAAAUGUCCUCUCACUGUCAACUGCGUUUAUUUUGAGCAAACCUAACGUGUAAAUAUUUGUAUGAACAUAACAAGAUUCAACAACUGAGACAUAAACUGAACAAGUUCCACAGACAUGUGACUAACAGAAAUUGAAAAAUGUGUCCCUGAACAAAGGGGGGGGGGGGCAAAAUCAAAAGUAACAGUCAGUAUCUGGUGUGGCCACCAGCUGCAUUAAGUACUGCAGUGCAUCUCCUCAUGGACUGCACCAGAUUUGCCAGUUCUUGCUGUGAGAUGUUACCCCACACUUCCACCAAGGCACCUGCAAGUUCCCGGACAUUUCUGGGGGGAAUGGCCCUAGCCCUCACCCUCCGAUCCAACAGGUCCCAGACGUGCUCAAUGGGAUUGAGAUCUGGUCUCUUCGCUGACCAUGGCAGAACACUGACAUUCCUGUCUUGCAGGAAAUCACGCACAGAACGAGCAGUAUGGCUGGUGGCAUUGUCACGCUGGAGGGUCAUGUCAGGAUGAGCCUGCAUGAAGGGUACCACAUGAGGGAGGAGAAUGUCUUCCCUGUAACUCACAGCGUUGAGUUGCCUGCAAUGACAAAAAGCUCACUCCGAUGAUGCUGUGACACACCGCCCCAGACCAUGACGGACCCUCCAACUCCAAAUCACUCCAGAGAACAGGCCUCGGCGUAACACUCAUUCCUUCGACAAUAAACGCGAAUCCGACCAUCACCCCUGGUGAGACAAAACCGCGACUUGUCAGUGAAGAGCACUUUUUGCCAGUCCUGUCUUGUCCAGCGACGGUGGGUUUGUGCCCAUAGGCGAUGUUGUUGCCGGUGAUGUCUGGUGAGGACCUGCCUUACAACAGGCCUACAAGCCCUCAGUCCAUCCUCUGUCAGCCUAUUGCGGACAGUCUGAGCACUGAUGGAGGGAUUGUGCGUUCCUGGUGUAACUCGGGCAGUUGUUGUUGCGAUCCUGUACCUGUCCCGAAGGUGUGAUGUUCGGAUGUACCGAUCCUGUGCAGGUGUUGUUACACGUGGUCUGCCACUGCAAGGAAGAUCAGCUAUCCGUCCUGUCUCCCUGUAGCGCUGUCUUAGGCGUCUGACAGUACGGACAUUGCAAUUUAUUGCCCUGGCAACAUCUGCAGUCCUCAUGCCUCCUUGCAGCAUGCCUAAGGCACGUUCACGCAGAUGAGCAGGGACCCUGGGCAUCUUUCUUUUGGUGUUUUUCAGUCAGUAGAAAGGCCUCUUUUAGUGUCCUAAGUUUUCAUAACUGUGACCUUAAUUGCCUACCAUCUUUAAGCUGUUAGUGUCUUAACGACCGUUCCACAGGUGCAUGUUCAUUAAUUGUUUAUGGUUCAUUGAACAAUUAUGGGAAACAGUGUUUAAACCCUUUACAAUGAAGAUCUGUGAAGUUAUUUGGAUUCUUACGAAUUAUCUUUGAAACACAGGGUCCUGAAAAAGGGACGUUUAUUUUUUUGCUGAGUUUAUAUACACUACCAGUCAAAAGUUUGGAAACACCUACUCAUUCAAUGGUUUUUCUUUAUUUUUACUAUUUUUUACAUUUUAGAAUAAUAGUGAAGACAUCAAAACUAUGAAAUAACACAUAUGGAAUCAUGUAGUAACCAAACAAGUGUUAAACAAAUCAAAAUAUAUAUAUUAUAUUUGAGAUUCUUCAAAUAGCCACCCUUUGCCUUGAUGACAGCUUUGCACACUCUUGGCAUUCUCUCAACCAGCUUCAUGAGGUAAUCACCUGGAAUGCAUUCAAAUUAACAGGUGUGCCUUCUUAAAAGUUAAUUUGUGGAAUGGUUUGUCAAUCAGUUGUGUUGUGACAAGGUAGGGGGGUAUACAGAACAUAGCCCUAUUUGGUAAAAGACCAAGUCCAUAUUAUGGCAAGAACAGCUCAAAUAAGCAAAGAGAAACGACAGUACAUCAUUACUUUAAGACAAGAAGGUCAGUCAAUAAGGAACAUUUCAAGAACUUUGAGAGUUUAUUCAAGUGCAGUCACAAAACCCAUCAAGCACUAUGAUGAAACUGGCUCUCAUGAGGACAGCCACAGGAAUGGAAGACCCAGAGUAAUCAGUGCUGCAGAGGAUAAGUUCAUUAGAGUUUUUUAGGGUCACUACAUGAUUCCCUAUGUUAUUUCAUAGUUUUGAUAUCUUCACUAUUAUUCUACAAUGUAAAAAUAAAGAAAAACCCUUGUAUGAGUAGGUGUAUCCAAACUUUUGUCUGGUACUGUGUGUAUAUAUACUACAUGAUUCCAUACGUGUUAUUUCAUAGUUUUGAUGUCUUCACUAUUAUUCUAAAAUGUAAAAUAUAUAUAUAUAUAUAUAUAUACACACACACACACAGUGAGGGGGAAAAAAGUAUUUGAUCCCCUGCUAAUUUUGUACGUUUGGGUUUUGCCACCAAGUACUAAGUCAUGAUUUGCAGAAGGGUCAAAUACUUAUUUCCCUCAUUUAAAAUGCAAAUCAAUUUAUAACAUUUUUGACAUGUGUUUUUCUGGAUUUUGUUGUUGUUAUUCUGUCUCUCAUUGUUCAAAUAAACCUACCAUUAAAAUUAUAGACUGAUCAUGUCAUUGUCAGUGGGCAGAUCAAAAUCAGCAGGGGAUCAAAUACUUUUUUCCCUCACUGUGUGUGUGUGUGUGUGUGUGUGUGUGUGUGUGUAUAUAUAUAUAUAUACAUACACACACACAAAUGUAUAUAUAUGUGUAUAUAGAUAGAUCGAUCGAUCGUGGCCAUUUGAAUGACAAUUAAUCGUUACCAGAAAUUAUAUAAUCGCCACAUUACUAUGUGUGUGUCAAUGUUCUCUUUUUAACAAAGGCCUUUAUUCAACUGACGGUAGAUAGAAGGAUAGAGUGGGAAUUGCGGAGGUUUAUGUGGCGUGAUCUGUGCUAAGACACUGUGUGUGUGUGUGUAGAUCAGAUUGGCAGGAACCCUGGCCUGCAAGUCAUCUGGGAGGACGAGAAGCAGAGACGACGAGAGAAGAACCAGUCAUCUCAGACCGAGACCCCACAGUCACAGGGUGAGUGAACCAGUCGUCUCAGAUCGAGACCCCACAGUCACAGGGUGAGUGAAUGACCGAUCUAUACCUCCUCAAAGCCCAAUCCUCCAUUACAGUCAACACCACAGUCAAACUUCUAGCAGGUCUACAUGCUUAUUGACUAAAUAUACUCUCAGUGGCCAGUUUAUUAGGUACACGUUCAUGACCCCGUUCACAAAAAUGGCUAAAACAAGAAGAAGCGGUUCCAGUGGGCAUGCGAUCACCAACACUGGACAAUUAAGGAGUGGAAAAACAUUGCCUGGUCUGACGAAUCCCUAUUCAUGUUACGUCAUGCUAAUGGCUGAGUCAGGAUUUGGCAUAAACUGCAUGAGUCCAUGGCCCCAUCCUGCCUGGUGUCAACGGAACAGGCUGGUGGCGGUGGUGUAAUGGUGUGGGGCACAAUCUUUCCGGGCACACGUUAGGUCCCUGAUACCAAUUGAGCAACGUUUCCAUGCCCCGAAUAAUUCAGGCUGUUUUCGAGGCAAAGGGGGGUCCGACCCAGUACUACACUGAACAAAAAUAUAAAUGCAACAUGCAGCAAUUUCAAAGAUUUUACUGUGUUACAGUUCAUAUAAGGAAAUCAGUCAAUUGAAAUAAAUUUAUUAGGCCCUAAUCUAUGGAUUUCACAUGACUGGGAAUACAGAUAUGCAUCUGUUGGUCACAGAUUCCUUAAAAAAAAAAAAUAGGGGUGUGGAUCAGAAACAGUCAGUAUCUGGUGUGACCACCAAUUGCCUCAUGCAGCGUGACACAUCUCCUUCGCAUGGAGUUGAUUCGGCUGUUGAUUGUGGCCUGUGGAGUGUUGUAUCACUCCUCUUCAAUGGCUGUGCGUAGUUGCUGGAUAUUGGCGGGAACUGGAACAGGCUGUCAUACACCUCGAUCCAGAGCAUCCCAAACGUGCUCAAUGGGUGACAUAUCUGGUGAGUAUGCAGGCCGUGGAAGAACUGAGAUAUUUUCAGCUUCCAGGAAUUGUGUACAGAUCCUUGUGACAUGGGGCCAUGCAUUAUAUCAUGCUGAAACAUGAGGUGAUGGCGGCGGAUGAAUGCCUCAACAAUGGGCCUCAGGAUCUCGUCACGGUUUCUCUGUGCAUUCAAAUUUCCUUCGAUAAAAUGCAAUUUUGUUCGUUGUCCGUAGCUUAUGCCAGCCCAUACCAUAACCCCACCGCCACCAUGGGGCACUCUGUUCACAACGUUGACAUCAGCAAACCGCUCGCCAACACGAUGCCAUACCGAGUGCGACGAUGCCAUCUGUCCGGUACAGUUGAAACUGGAAUUCAUCCGUGAAGAGCACACUUUUCCAGUGGCCAUUGAAGGUGAGUAUUUGCCAACUGAAGUCGGUUACGACUCUGAACUGCAGUCAGGUCAAGACCCUGGUGAGGAUGACGAGCACGCAGAUGAGCUUCCCUGAGACGGUUUCUGACAGUUUGUGCAGAAAUUCUUCAGUUGUGCAAACCCACAGUUUCAUCCGCUGUCCGGGUGGCUAGUCUCAGACGAUCCAGCAAGUGAAGAAGCCGGAUGUGGAGGUCCUGGGCUGGCGUGGUUACACGUGGUCUACGGUUGAGGCCGGUUGGACGUACUGCCAAAUUCUAAUACCUAAUAAACUGGUCACUGAGUGUAUAUAGGUCUGCCGUAAUAUGUGCCAUCGUCUGCUUGUUGGAAUAUGCUCAAGGUGAGCGGAGGUAAUAAAUAAUUUAGUAUUGUCUCUGUCAGGAGUCAUUCAUAUCUCUAGAGUCUGACUGCUGUCCCAUGUGCGUCAGACAUACAUCAAAGUGUUAUAAUUAAACCGCUGCCUACGUUUCAUGCUCCUCCAGAUCGCAGGUUUGUUGCCUUGACGGAGAGCGAGAGAAUCUUCAUGAAGAAAUUCAAGGAGAUCCUGAAGGAAAAUGAAUUUGAUGUGUAAGUAACAACUUUCACCCUCAAUCUUGCCGUUUUUUAGAACGUAGGCUUACCAUUUUCCCAGUCUUUAGGGCAACUUAACUAUAAGUCAUCGUUGGACAGACAGUUGCUCCACAUAGCGUGAGUAGAUGGCUGUGCUUGGUUUAGAGAGUUUAGAAUGGGGGCAGCAGGGCUGGUCUUUGAGAGUAAACAUAUGCUGCUUCCAAUCUCGUUAGCAAGAUGAUGUCAAAUCAAAUCAAAUCAAAUUUUAUUGGUCACAUGCGCCGAAUACAACAGGUGCAGACAUUACAGUGAAAUGCUUACUUACAGCCCUUAACCAACAGUGCAUUUAUUUUAAACAAAAAAGUAAGAAUAAAACAACAACAAAAAAGUGUUGAGAAAAAAAGAGCAGAAGUAAAAAUAAAGUGACAGUAGGGAGGCUAUAUAUACAAUAGAAUAAAGUGACAGUAGGGAGGCUAUAUAUACAGGGGGGUACCGUUGCAUAGUCAAUGUGCGGGGGCACCGGCUAGUUGAGGUAGUUGAGGUAAUAUGUACAUGUGGGUAGAGUUAAAGUGACUAUGCAUAAAUACUUAACAGAGUAGCAGCAGCGUAAAAAGUAUGGGGUGGGGGGGCAGUGCAAAUAGUCCGGGUAGCCAUGAUUAGCUGUUCAGGAGUCUUAUGGCUUGGGGGUAGAAGCUGUUGAGAAGUCUUUUGGACCUAGACUUGGCACUCCGGUACCGCUUGCCGUGCGGUAGCAGAGAGAACAGUCUAUGACUAGGGUGACUGGAGUCUUUGACAAUUUUGAGGGCCUUCCUCUGACACCGCCUGGUAUAGAGGUCCUGGAUGGCAGGGAGCUUUGCCCCUGUGAUGUACUGGGCCGUACGCACUACCCUCUGUAGUGCCUUGCGGUCAGAGGCCAAGCAGUUGCCAUACCAGGCGGUGAUGCAACCAGUCAGGAUGCUCUCGAUGGUGCAGCUGUAGAAUUUUUUGAGGAUCUGAGGACCCAUGCCAAAUCUUUUUAGUCUCCUGAGGGGGAAUAGGCUUUUCUCGUGCCCUCUUCACGACUGUCUUGGUGUGUUUGGACCAUGAUAGUUCGUUGGUGAUGUGGACACCAAGGAACUUGAAGCUCUCAACCUGUUCCACUACAGCCCCGUCGAUGAGAAUGGGGGCGUGCUCAGUCCUCUUUUUUUUCCUGUAGUCCACAAUCAUCUCCUUUGUCUUGGUCACGUUGAGGGAGAGGUUGUUGUCCUGGCACCACACGGCCAGAUCUCUGACCUCCUCCCUAUAGGCUGUCUCAUCGUUGUCGGUGAUCAGGCCUACCACUGUUGUGUCGUCGGCAAACUUAAUGAUGGUGUUGGAGUCGUGCCUGGCCAUGCAGUCAUGGGUGAACAGAGAGUACAGGAGGGGACUGAGCACGCACCCCUGAGGGGCCCCCGUGUUGAGGAUCAGUGUGGCAGAUGUGUUGUUACCUACCCUUACCACCUGGGGGCGGCCCGUCAGGAAGUCCAGGAUCCAGUUGCAGAGGGAGGUGUUUAGUCCCAGGAUCCUUAGCUUAGUGAUGAGCUUUGAGGGCACUAUGGUGUUGAAUGCUGAGCUGUAGUCAAUGAAUAGCAUUCUCACGUAGGUGUUCCUCUUGUCCAGGUGGGAAAGGGCAGUGUGGAGUGCGAUAGAGAUUGCAUCAUCUGUGGAUCUGUUGGGGCGGUAUGCAAAUUGGAGUGGGUCUAGGGUUUCUGGGAUUAUGCUGUUGAUGUGAGCCAUGACCAGUCUUUCAAAGCACUUCAUGGCUACAGACGUCAGUGCCACGGGUCGGUAGUCAUUUAGGCAGGUUAUCUUAGAGUUCUUGGGCACGGGGACUAUGGUGGUCUGCUUGAAACAUGUUGGUAUUACAGACUCAGUCAGGGACAUGUUGAAAAUGUCAGUGAAGACACUUGCCAGUUGGUCAGCACAUGCUCGGAGUACACGUCCUGGUAAUCCGUCUGGCCCUGCGGCCUUGUGAAUGUUGACCUGCUUAAAAGUCUUACUCACAUCGGCUACGGAGAGCGUGAUCACAUAGUCGUCCGGAACAGCUGGUGCUCUCAUGCAUGCUUCAGUGUUGCUUGCCUCGAAGCGAGCAUAGAAGUGGUUUAGCUCGUCUGGUAGGCUUGUGUCACUGGGCAGCUCGCGGCUGUGCUUCCCUUUGUAGUCUGUAAUAGUUUUCAAGCCCUGCCACAUCCGACGAGCGUCAGAGCCAGUGUAGUAUGAUUCAAUCUUAGACCUGUAUUGACUCUUUGCCUGUUUGAUGGUUCGUCGGAGGUCAUAGCGGGAUUUCUUAUAAGCGUCCGGGUUAGAGUCCCGUUCCUUGAAAGCGGCAGCUCUACCCUUUAGCUCAGUGCGGAUGUUUCCUGUAAUCCAUGGCUUCUGGUUGGGGUAUGUACGUACGGUCACUGUGGGGACGACAUCAUCGAUGCACUUAUUGAUGAAGCCAGUGACUGAUGUGGUGUACUCCUCAAUGCUGUCUGAAGAAUCCCGGAACAUGUUCCAGUCUGUGCUAGCAAAACAGUCCUGUAGCUUAGCAUCUGCGUCAUCUGACCACUUUUUUAUUAGCCGAAUCACUGGUGCUUCCUGCUUCAGUUUUUGCUUAUAAGCAGGAAUCAGGAGGAUAGAGUUAUGGUCAGAUUUGCCAAAUGGAGGGCGAGGGAGAGCUUUGUAUGCGUCUCUGUGUGUGGAGUAAAGGUGGUCUAGAGUUUUUUCCCCUCUGGUUGCACAUUUAACAUGCUGGUAGAAAUUAGGUAGAACGGAUUUAAGUUUCCCUGCAUUAAAGUCCCCUGCUACUAGGAGCGCUGCAUCUGGAUGAGCGUUUUCCUGUUGAUUAAUGGCCUUGUACAACUCAUUCAGUGCAAUCUUAAUGCCAGCAUUGGUUUGUGGUGGUAAAUAGACAGCUAUGAAAAAUAUAGAUGAAAACUCUCUUGGUAAAUAGUGUGGUCUACAGCUUAUCAUAAGAUACUCUACCUCAGGCGAGCAAAACCUUGAGACUUCCUUAGUAUUUGAUUUUGUGCACCAGCUGUUGUUUACAAAUAUACAGAGACCGCCACCCCUCGUCUUACCCGAGUCUGCCGUUCUGUCCUGCCGAUGUAGCGUAUAGCCUGCUAGCUGAAUGUUAUCAUUGUCGUCGUUCAGCCACGACUCCGUGAAACAUAAGAUAUUACAGUUUUUAAUGUCCCGUUGGUAGGAUAACCGUAAUCUUAAAUCGUCCAUUUUAUUCUCCAAAGCUUGAACGUUGGCUAAUAGGAUUGAUGGGAGAGGCAGUUUACUCAUUCGCCGUCGGAUCCUUACAAGGCACCCGGAUCUGCGUCCACGAUAUCUCCGUCUCUUCCUCACGCGAAUGACGGGGAUCUGGGCCUUGUCGGGAGUCUGUAGAAUAUCCUUCGCGAACGCCUCGUUGAAGAAAAAGUGUUCGUCCAACGCGAGGUGAGUAAUCGCUGUCCUGAUAUCCAGAAGCUCUCUUUGGUUAUAAGAGACGAUGGCAGAAACAUUAUGUACAAAAUAAAUUACAAAUAACGCGGAAAAACACACAUAAUAGUACAAUUGGUUAGAGGGCUGUAAAACGGCAGCCAUCUUCUUCCGGCGCUGUUCGCUGUCUACCGCCACAUUAAUUGCAUUUGGAGAGAAUUUACAUCUGGUCAUUCAUUCUUUAUGUUAAAACGGCUACUUAUUUUCGCCAUGCCUUUUUUGGUUGUCUACUGUGUGAGAUGGUGACCGCAUGUCUCUUCCUGGUUCAUCUUAACGGCCAGAGAGGAGCAGGGAGCGAGGAGGGAGGGUGUUGAUGGGGUUACAGUGCUGUCUAGUAUAUCCCUCUCUCUGCUUCCUGCUCCCCCGUCUUUCUGAGCAGAAAGAAUUUCCUGUUAUAAAUAAAAGUGUAGGUAGUCCGGUGUGUGCUGUUACAUCAGGCCCAGAUAAGCUAAGUUGUUGCCAAUGGGAAGAGUGCAGGGGAGGAAAAUGAAACAGCUCUAUCAAAGGCAGGGCCAGACCAGUAAGGGACCCGUCUCCUCUCACCUAACAGAGCUUUGGCUUGGUAGAACUGUGCCACACACACACCCAGCUCACAAAUCUCACUGGCUGACUGGCGCUCUUUCACAUAUACACGUUCUGUCUCGCUCUCUGUCUCGCUCUCUCGCUCUGUCUCACUCGCUCUCUGUCUCGCUCUCUCUCUGUCGCGCUCUCUCUCUGUCUCGCUCUCUCUCUCUGUCUCGCUCUCUCUCUGUCUCGCUCUCUCGCUCUCUCUCUCUGUCUCACUCUCUCGCUCUGUCUCGCGCUGUCUCUCUCUCUCUCUCUCGCUCUGUCUCGCGCUCUCUCUCUCUGUCUCGCUCUCUCUCUCUGUCUCGCUCUCUCUCUCUGUCUCGCUCUCUCGCUCUGUCUCGCGCUGUCUCUCUCUGUCUCUCUCUUGCUCUGUGUCUCGCGCUCUCGCUCUGUCUCGCUCUGUGUCUCGCGCUCUCGCUCUGUGUCUCGUGCUCUCGCUCUGUGUCUCGCGCUCUGUCUCGCUCUGUCUCGCGCUCUGUCUCGGUGUCUCGCGCUCUCGCUCUGUGUCUCUCGCUCUGUGUCUCUCGCUCGGUGUCUCGCGCUCUCGCUCGGUGUCUCGCGCUCUCGCUCGGUGUCUCGCGCUCUCGCUCGGUGUCUCGCGCUCUCGCUCUGUCUCGCUCUCUGUCUCUCGCUCUCGCUCUGUCUCUCGCUCUCGCUCUGUCUCGCGCUCUCGCUCUGUCUCGCGCUCUCGCUCUGUCUCGCGCUCUCGCUCUGUCUCGCGCUCUCGCUCUGUCUCGCGCUCUCGCUCUGUCUCGCGCUCUCGCUCUGUCUCGCGCUCUCGCUCUGUCUCGCGCUCUCGCUCUGUCUCGCGCCUCUCGCUCUGUCUCCGCUCUCGCUUGUCUCGCGCUCCGCUCUGUCUCGCGCUCUGCGCUCGUCUCCGCUCUGCUCGUGUCUCGCGCUCCGCUCUUCUCUUCGCUCUGUGUCUCGCGCUCCGCUCUGUCUCUCCUCGUGUCUCGCGCUCGCUCUCGCUCUCUUGUGUCUCGCGCUCGCUCUCUCGCUCUGUGUCUCGCGCUCGCUCUCUCUCUGUGUCUCGCGCUCGCUCUCGCUCUCGCUGUGUCUCGCGCUCGCUCUCCUCUCGUCUGUGUCUCGCGCUCGCUCUCUCUCUCGCUCUGGUCUCGCUCUCGCUCUCGCUCUGUGUCUCGCGCUCGCUCUCGCUUUUGUGUCCGCUCGCUCUCGCUCGUGCUCGCGCUCGCUCUCUCUCUCGCUCUGCUUCUCGCUCUCGCUCUCGCUCUGUGUCUCGCGCUCGCUCUCGCUCUGUGUCUCGCGCUCGCUCUCUCUCUCGCUCUGUGUCUCGCUCUCGCUCUGUGUCUCGCGCUCGCUCUCGCUCUGUGUCUCGCGCUCGCUCUCUCUCUCGCUCUGUGUCUCGCUCUCGCUCUGUGUCUCGCGCUCGCUCUCUCUCUCGCUCUGUGUCUCGCGCUCGCUCUCUCUCGCUCUGUGUCUCGCGCUCGCUCUCUCGCUCUGUGUCUCGCGCUCGCUCUCGCUCUGUCUCGCGCUCUCGCUCUGUGUCUCGUGUCUCGCUCUGUGUCUCGCUCUCGCUCUGUGUCUCGCUCUCGCUCUGUGUCUCGCUCUCGCUCUGUGUCUCGCUCUCGCUCUGUGUCUCGCUCUCGCUCUGUCGUCUCGCUCUCGCUCUGUGUCUCGCUCUCGCUCUGUGUCUCGCUCUCGCUCUGUGUCUCGCUCUCGCUCUGUGUCUCGCUCUCGCUCUGUGUCUCGCGCUCGCUCUCGCUCUGUCUCGCGCUCGCUCUCGCUCUGUCUCGCGCUCGCUCUCGCUCUGUCUCGCGCUCGCUCUCGCUCUGUCUCGCGCUCGCUCUCGCUCUGUCUCGCGCUCGCUCUCGCUCUGUCUCGCGCUCGCUCUCGCUCUGUCUCGCGCUCGCUCUGUCUCGCGCUCGCUCUCGCUCUGUCUCGCGCGCUUGCUCGCUCUCGCUCUGUGUCUCGCGCGCUUGCUCGCUCUCGCUCUGUGUCUCGCGCGCUUGCUCGCUCUCGCUCUGUGUCUCGCGCGCUUGCUCGCUCUCGCUCUGUGUCUCGCGCGCUUGCUCGCUCUCGCUCUGUGUCUCGCGCGCUUGCUCGCUCUCGCUCUGUGUCUCGCGCGCUUGCUCGCUCUCGCUCUGUGUCUCGCGCGCUUGCUCUGUGUCUCGCGCGCUUGCUCGCUCUCGCUCUGUGUCUCGCGCGCUUGCUCGCUCUCGCUCUGUGUCUCGCGCGCUUGCUCGCUCUCGCUCUGUGUCUCGCGCGCUCGCUCUCGCUCUGUGUCUCGCGCUCGCUCUCGCUCUGUGUCUCGCGCUCGCUCUCGCUCUGUGUCUCGCGCUCGCUCUCGCUCUGUGUCUCGCGCUCGCUCUCGCUCUGUGUCUCGCGCUCGCUCUCGCUCUGUGUCUCGCGCUCGCUCUCGCUCUGUGUCUCGCGCGCGCUCUCGCUCUGUGUCUCGCGCGCGCUCUCGCUCUGUGUCUCGCGCGCGCUCUCGCUCUGUGUCUCGCGCGCGCUCUCGCUCUGUGUCUCGCGCGCGCUCUCGCUCUGUCUCACUUGUGUCUCGCUCUCUCUUUCUUGUGCAUCUCUUUCUGUCUCUGGCUCUCUCUCUCUGUGUCUGUCUGUCUCUCUCUCUUUCUUCUGUCGCUCGCUCUGUCUCUCUCUCUGUUUCUCUCUCUCGCUCUCUCUCCAUAUGUCCCUCUGAUUGUAACCUCAGACAGGCUGUACUGUAGUAAGAACAGCAGAGCCGAGUCUGCAGAGCUGAAAUGUGUUAAUCGCUGAAGGAAUCCCCUGAAACCUGCUGGGCUCCCCCCGUAGCCACAAAAGUCAUUAGUGACGAGACUAAUUAACAAAGAGUGAGACAGUCAUGCACACACAGGCCCGUCUCUGGAACCCAUCUGCACUCCUUCAUCCACCCCACAGUAAGAAAUUAUGAUUUAUUUUUUUAUAGAGAAAGGAAGUAGUGCCUAAAAUGUUGUUCUUUGGCUAAUUCCUGCAUUGCUUGUUCUACCUUUUUGAGUUCCACCUUGCAUAUUUUUCAAUAUUUAGUUGAGUUGCUAAGUAGUGAGUUGCUAAGCAAUGCAAGAGUACAGGACGGAACAGAGCGGAGGGCGGAGGCUGAUAGGCAGAAAGCCUGUAGCCAAGAGACAUCUGGGGUAAAGCCCAAAGAACCACUGGCCACUUGCCAGCUUUCUAUUCAUACCUCCUCCUACACACACUGUACACACACACUGGUCUCUCUCUUUUCGGUUUCUCUCACUCUCGUUCUCCCUCACACACACUGCAGCCAUAUCUCCUGAUUAAGACAAUAAGGGAUGCUAAUAAAACAUGACUGCUGCAGCGCUGUCCCAGGAGCCCUGUCUGUGACUCCGGUGAUAACCUUAGCAGUUACAUGCCCACAACAGUCUCCCUUUGAACAAAUGCCUCUUUUUAAAUAGGACUUCGUCUGGGUCUGUGGUGGGCGCGGCAGAGGAGCAGGAUCCCUUCCCAGCUGAACUGUCUGUACACCCUGAUGUCCUGAUCCCAGAGGUGCUGCACUGUACACCAGCUAACCAGGUGGAGGUGCACAGAGCCUCUCAGACAGGUGAGAUCAACAAAUCUCCCUAUCGACCCUCCACUAGAAUGUCCCUUUCUGCCAGAGAAGGUGGAUCGACAUUUGUCCUAAUUCUCCCCUACCACUCCUACUGUGACUGAAUUUCAAGUGACACACAGUGUUGCUCUACAUUAGCCUAAUCUGCUCGCUCAGUCUCCCAAGUCUCCUGUAGGAACAGUGGAAAUGCCAGGGAGGCAAGGCGUCUGGCACACACAGAGAGCCAGAAUGGAGUAUGGCUGGGCCUCAUGCUGAACCACUCCCUGUUUAUGUGUCCCAAAUGGCACCCUAUUCCCUAUAUAGUACACUGCUUUUGACCAGGGCCCCAUAGGGCUCUGGUCAAAAGUAGUGCACUAUGUAGGGAAUAGGCUGCCAUUUGGGACACGGCCAUUCUGUUUGUCAGUAAUGAAAACCUUCCCCAUCUCUCUCACUCCCCCCCCCCCCCCCCCCCCCCCCCACUAAUCUUCCCUCCACUCAGACACUAAAAGGAGCUGUGGUAAAGACCAGGGGGAGGCCAUUGUGGAUGAGGAGGCCAUUCUGAGUCUGUUGGAGAGCAGUCAGACCUUCCGGCCCCUCUCCCAGAGAUCCAACCACUCCCCCAUACUAGGUAAGCAAACAAACCGCACUGAUUAUACUGAUUACUGUGUUCAUUUGGUAUGGAGAACAGCUUAUCCUACUGAUCUUAUGUCAUUUUAAUUUUACAAAUCUGCUUUUAAUGAACAUAUUGUUUAUAUAGCAUAGCUAGCGCCAUGAGUUUGACCUGACCAGGAAAAGCUCUGGGCCCUAGUUAUAACUCCAGCCCCUAAGUAAAGCAUCCAAGUAUGGAGCUGAUUGACCCCGGAGGUAAUUUCCCCUUAUCAUGUUGUGUUUGCUGUGUGCAUGUUGCAGAUAGCAGCCAGGACCAUGCCAUGGUGGACCUGCUGGCAGGCCUGGAGGCUGAUGGGUACAGAGCAGCCCCUAUGAGGCAGAACUCCCAGCAUUAUCUGCCCGGGGGAGGGAGCGCUCACUACAACAGUGACGAGGAGGAGGAGGGGCCAGAACUAGAGAAGGAGGAGGAAGAACUCAGUCUGAUGAUGUCACAGAGAUGGGACAGCGACCUUCCAGAACAGUCUUCUAGGAGGUGACUGAUUUUUAUUUUCUUGUUCUUUUUGCUCAAUAUGAACUAAUUAUGAGUUUAAUAUUAACUCAUUAAAUGACGACAAACAAAUCUAUUUAUAGCAUUCUUUGAAAAAAUGCAUGUCAUCUAUCUUGUGCCCCAGUUUUCUUGCUUAUUUCUUGAGGUGGAUUCCUCUUGUCACUGAAUUCACAUGAUGGUAAACGCAGACGUUUGGCAGUCAGAUGAAGGUCACCUGCAGUGAGCCGUGACUGUGAAUAGUUUAAGCGACGCCUCAUUGUAUAAUCAAUGUCUCUUUUAUCUUCCUCUAUAGACCUGGUGUGAAGGAUGCAGAGGAAAGCUUCAGUGACGAGCCCCAGGAAUCCUCAGACGAGGAGAUGGAAUGGAGCGGGAACAACUCUCUCUUCGCCAACCUGUCCAUUCCUCAGCUGGACGGUGCUGCGGACGAGAACAGUGGUGAGUUAUAAGAACGUAAUGAUAAUAAACUACAUAUAACACAUCUACAAGAUCGUGUCAUUGAUGCUUUCCUUUGAUUCCUGUCACAGUAUUGAUAUGUUAUAUCUGCUCUCCAUAGAUUCAUCGUUAACGGACAAAGGCUCCAGGACCCACUCGUCCCUCACCGUCACAGACAAGAUCCUGGGGAAGAGGAACCCCUUUCCUGGGGAGACUGUCCCCCUGGAGCCCCCGUCCUCCACCAAUGUCCUCCUGGAGUGCAAACACCCUGAACAUAGGCAGGCCCACUCACAGGACACAGAGGAACCAGCCAAUAAGCACUUCCUCUCCCUCGGCCAGGACAGUAAUGAGUGCUCCACAGGGUUCAAGGUGAAUAAAAAGAUACCUUACAUCCAGCCGUUCAAACACCCCAUCCCCUGCAAUAUCGCCAACCAAGCCGAGGUCUCUCAGAUCUGUGUGGACAAAAUGGACGUUGUUCGGCCUCUGUACACCUACGAGAAGAAGACGAUGGCUCUGGAUGAGUCAGACCUGGACGUCUUUCCGUUCAGUAACGGGAAAAUCACCCAGAGCAGGAAGAAGUACAGCAGUAUGAAGAAUAUUGAGAAGAAUCGUCUGUCCAUCCUGCAGAACCACAGGAGCUUCUCCCUGUGUUACUCUGAGCUGAGGAACUGCCCCAGCACGACAGAUCUGGAGCUGGGUCAGAAAGGCUGUAAAAGCCCAAUACUGAGGAACAAUAUAACCCAAACUCCCUGCCCCAUAGAAAAGGACGAGCUCCUGGCCCCGCUGGAGGGCGAGAUGGGCCAGGGCAGCGAGGAUGGGGACAUGGGUGAGCUGAAGAUCAGGUACGAGGACUAUCAGGAGAACAAGACUGAGAGGACCAUAGUAGCCCAGCAGGAGGCGCACUACAAGUUCUUCCCCAGUGUCAUUCUCUCCAACUGCCUUACCAGGCCAGCUAAGAAGGUAGUUGGUAACAAGCUGACCGAUGGCUGUGCUAAGCUAGAGCAGUCAGAGCCACGCAGGUUCAGGCUAAAGCUUGGCAAGAGGUCAUCGGCUGCUGCAGCCCAGAAGACUAAGGCGUACGCUGGGGAAAGCCCAGCCUCUGACACCCAAGUCAGCACAGCCUUUAUAUCCAUCACGCCUUCUUGUCCAAAGAGCACGGACACCGAGGAGAAGACAGUCACAGUGGCAAAGUCAGUCGUAGUGGAGACUGGACCCACAGAACCACUGCCAGAAUCCCCUGCCCUGGCCCGUACCCCUUUACCAGCCCCUAUUGCGUCCCCUGCACCGGCCCCAGACCCUGCCAUUCCCAAUGAGGCGUCUGUGGAGGGCAGGUUGGCCCCACUGCUUGAGCUCCCUGCUAAAGUAACCUGCACCAAAGCCUCAGGUCUGCCUGGCAGCAAGUACAGCCUGAGGGCCAAACGCAAGAUGAGCUACGACAGCAGCGAGGACGGGGAACACUCUGUAUCCUCUCGCGUGAAACACCCUCUGGCCCUCCGAGACUGCUUCAAAGAAAACUACGUCCUCAGCACGCAGGAACUAAAGUACCAGAAACGACGGAAGAUGUCCAGAAAGGAGCCAAGGGAGCCGCCCAUCAUCAUCAAAUACAUAAUCAUCAACAGGUUCAAAGGUCAGAAGAACAUGUUGGUGAAGAUGGCCAAGGUGAGUGCUGAGGAGCAGCGGGUGGUGCUGACACCUGAUAGAGUGAUAGAGUACACCAAAAUGGCCCCCAUCAAGACCUUCUGGCCUAAGGUUCCAGAGUCUUGUGCGGUCAAGUUCCCCCUCAGUGAGCCCAAGGCUAAUAAGAAACAGCCCAAACGAAAGGCCAAGGUCAACACCACUAAGAAAACAAUCAGCAACCCACCCAAACCCAGAGUCCAAGUUAGGCAGGGGGGUGAAAGGCCUAGAAGGACUAGAGGCCUUAGAAAAGCCAUGACUCUGCCCUCUCUUCCAUUCCCCCAGCCAUGUUACUGUGAACUGACCGAUGACCACAUCACUGAGUACGCUGACGUGAUGGUGGAGUUGGGUUAUCUAUCUGAGAGAUCCCUUAGCCCUGUUGAUUCAACCCCACCCCGGUGUUGGUCCCCCAGUGACCCCCUUAUGGAAGCCAUAAGUUCUGAUUGGUUCAUGAACACAUUAAAUGAUCCCUGUCUCAGUUCUGUUUGUCAGGAACCCCCCCCAGAGUCCUUAGGCCGAGGUGUGCGGAACCGCAGCCGGACUGCUAAACCUAGAAAUGUAACCUCUACCAGCCCAAGAAGACUGCUUAAGCUUUCGGAGGAAGUCAAAAAGGAGAGCACAGCGAGAAGGAAAAGUACUAUUGGGAUGCCAAGGAGGAGAAAGAAAGAUCUAGAAACAGUUGAUGGGACUAGUGUGGGUGGUGUCUGUACUACUACCAUCACCACAAGAACGAGGAAGCCUCGAAGGAAGAAGCAGGCAGAAGAGCCUGAACAGCCCCCUGUAAGAAGCAGAGACUGUGACAGUUCCCAGCUCCUCUUCCCAGAGGGUGAGCUGCCUCUUGCUGAAUCCUCCUCAGAGGCCAUACCACCCUUUCAGCAGCCAGCCAGCAAAACCAGCCAGAUUAUUGAUGGCUCCCAGGUGGUCGCUGGCUCUAAAUCCCUAUCCCAGUUCUCCCAGUCCAUUGAACCAAAGUUUGAGGACUGUGAAAGCUCCAUCAUGGAGGUAAACCAAAGCUUUGCUCUUGAACUCGUCCAAACACAGCCUGACCAAUCGCAGGGUUGUGCUGUGAAGGCAGACACUACUGUUGAUGAAUGCACAUCCCAUCAGGUUAAAUGCCCAACCCAGGUGUGGGACAGAAAGGGUGCCCCCAAAGCAGGGUCCCCCAACUCCAGCCUUAGGAACGGGGAGACCUUACCUGAGGACAUCUCUGGCCUGGCUGUUCUGAAGAAGCUCCUGCAGAAGAAGCAGCAGAGAGGCAGACAGUGCCUCUCCACUACAACACAGCCCCCUGGCUCCACACCAGACCCUGCUGCUGCCAAGCCAUCAAGAGCCAGGAGAGCUCCCUCAGCCACCCCACGGAAACCCCGGGCCCCAAGAACUACAACUGCCAAGGACGGGAAACCCAGAAGCAGGAAGGAGAAGGCAAACUCUCAGCCGGAGGUACCUGUGAAGCAGGAGCCCCCCAUGUCAGAUGACAGCCCAGUGUUCCUGUCAGACCCAGGCCUGGACAGCUGUUACUCCAUAGAGGACAGCCUGUCCCCAGAGCUCCCACACAACUACAACUUUGACAUCAACGCCAUCGGUAUCGGUAGCCAGGCAGAGUUCUCCAGCCUGUACAUGGGCAGCCAGUUUGUUCUGACCGACAAGAACCUGCCUCAAAAGUUCCUGAGUGACAUCACCCAGGAGGCGGUCCCUGCCUUGGCGCUGAGCUUAGAGAAGAGGCCUGAUGGGCUGUGUGGGUCAGGGGAGGAGCUCCAAGAAAGCUUGUCCGGACCUCUGAGUCCUGAACUCUUUGACAUGCCAGAAAACUGUGAAUUUGUGUUCAAUCAUCAAUCACCUCUGGACUCUGAGAGGUUACUAAGGAGCAGAGAGUGGGGAACGUCUCUGGGCAAACUCCACGGCCUCAGCCACUUCCAGGGCUUUCACUGUGAGAGGAAAGAGCUGCUGUUCUCUGCCUUUGACCCCAUCUUACCGCUGCCUUUGAGCUCCUUUUCAUUCGCAGACAACGAAGGGUCACAGACUGGGGACCUACUGGAGGGAAAUGAUGCUUUUACAUCGACCACGCCCAGUAGUUCACCGCGGUCCUUCAGCUCUCUAUCCCAGGUGAAGGCCAUCAGCCAGCUCCUCAGAGGGACAGGGGGGGGAGCCCACAUUCUCAAGCCCCUCAUGUCCCCUCCCAGCCGGGACGAGAUCCUCACCACACUCCUGGACCUGGAGAUGUCUGAGGCCACCUUCCAGGAGCCCUUCUGCAGCAACCCCUCAGACGCCCCGGGGAAACCCAGGUAAAAUCACUAAACUCACGGGAUUACUUUAAAAGCCCUUUAUGACAACUACUGAAUGUGAAAAUGGCUUUAUAAAUAAAUGUGAUUUCAUUUUAAGGGUUGAAUGAUACACACAAUAGAUAUCUAUGACUGAUGAGGCUGUGAUGAGGCAUGAUAUUGUAAAUCAUUCAAUCAUUAAUAUCAAUUUUCAAAUCUCCAGGGAGGUUGGUGGGCGUAAGUUGAUGGUGGAGACCAAGUUAGCCAAGGAGCUGGCUGAGUUCAACGGGGACCUGUGCCUGGAGGGGCUACAGUUCUGGAAGACAGCCUUCUCUGCCAUGACCCUGGCCGGCUCUUCUCACACCCUGGGAGCAGAGGACACCAGAGACCAGGCCCAGCUCAGUCCCUCCUCAGCUGGGGACCAGAAGGUUAUCCUGCUGCCUUGCAGGAGCGCCCCUAGGCGGGAGCGCGUCCAGCUAUGGCUGGAGGCCAGGAAACAGUACAAGCAUCUGCAGAGGGGUAGGAGAGACAUGGGAGAACUGGAGAGGGGAAGGUUGGAACAGGUAAGAGACAAGCAGCAAACAGACAGGACUGAACAGCCCACUCCGUUCCAUUGUCCAGCAUUGAAGGACGAGGAGGAGUUUGAGAAGCCCUCAGGUAUCAGGACUCAAAGGGAGAGGAGGGACGAUCUGUCCCUACAGGUAUCACCUGUUGGGGGGGUGGAAACUCAGGACAGUCCCAGAGGAGUGAAUCCUGUACCGGACAUUAACACCAGAGACCCUGAGGGGGAGUACUACAGUAAAUCCAUCUCUCCAGACUCACCAGACCUGACGCCAUGGCAGCAGCCCACGCAGCCCAGCCCCUCAGGACCAGACGGAGUUGAGGGAGAGAGGAGAGGGUCAGAUCGAGGGUCACCCCUGUCCCCCAGGCUCUGCACAUCCCCAGAGAGGAGAGAGGAGAAGCACUUCCUCAGUCCCUCUCCCUUCCCUUCCAUGAAGCCCCGGGGGGACGGGGGGAGUACCAGCCCCCAGCUCCACAGCACCCCAGUCCUUAGGCAACACAGAGGCAGGUGCGAAUCGGAGACUGUGUGCAGCACCCUUGUGACUGAAGGUAAGCCCCUUUAUUACCCGGCCACAGGCUAUUAGCAGCUGUCACUCUUCAUCCUGCCUCGGCCGCCAACGUUAACUCAGACCAUGGAAAAUUACAUUAGGGAUAGCAUCCGAUUUAACUUUGUUUUUUACUCCAACUUUCUUUCUUACCUCAGUGGGAAAUUGUUAUGGCUGCCAUAAACGACUGCAUAAUUGACUAAUCAAGCGUACCUGAAUUGUUAAUCUGUCAGUCAUUUAUUGAAUUAGUUUUAAUAGGAGGAAGUCGUCUGCAUGUAGUUGUUUUGUCCUCUGGAAUGUCAUUAUGCGUCGCACCACACCACCACGAUCCUUAACUAAUUUAGGGGUUUCUGUCUUCUCCCAGACGCAGAGUCCACGUCUCAGAGACUGCAGCACAGGAGAGGGGAACACACAGACAGACUGAGGAGAGUGCUACUGACCACACAGAUGAAGGUCAGGACAAAGCUCCUGUUCAUUUAGGUCAUUCCCACCAAAGAGCCUGCCAAAAUAAAGGAAACACCAGCAUAACGUGUCUUAACCCUCCCGUUGUCCUAGGGUCAAAAUGACCCGCCACUGUGUUGAACCAACUUUAUUUAAUUUUUAUAUUUUUGGGAUCAUUUGUGAGAAGGAGGCAGUGAGACUUUAAAGAAAGUAUCACUGCCUCCUUCUCACAAAUGAUCCAAAAAAUAUAAAAAUUAAAUAAAGUUGGUUCAACACAGUGGCGGGUCAUUUUGACCCUAGGACAACGGGAGGGUUAUUAAUAGGGUGUUGGGCCACCACUACCCAGAACAGCUUCAAUGCACCUUGGCAUAGAUUCUAUAAGUGUCUGGAACUCUAUUGGGGGGAUGUGACACCAUUCUUCCACGAGAAAUUCCAUCAUUUGGUGUUUUAUUGAUGGUGGUAGAAAGCGUGGUCUCAGGCGCCGCUCCAGAAUCUCCCAUAAGUGUUCAAUUGGGUUGAGAUCUGGUGACUGAGACCGCCAUGGCAUAUGGUUUACAUUGUUUUCAUGCGCAUCAAACCAUUCAGUGACCAUUCGUACCCUGUGGAUGGGGGCAUUGUCAUCCUAUGGGGCAUAGCCAUGUAAAACAAAAUAAUGGCCCGCCCAGUAUUUUUAUACAUGACCCUAAGCAUGAUGGGACGUUCAUUUCUUAAUGAUCUCAGGAACCACAUCUAUGUGGAAGCACCUGCUUUCAAUAUACUUUGUAUCCCUCAUUUACUCAAGUGUUUCCAUUAUUUUGGCAGUUACCUGUGUUGGCCUCAAUAUACCCGGAUGAGCAAUGUACAGUUUCAGAAUAUUGAUGAACAGCAUCAGUCAAGUAAAUGGCCCAAGACAAAUGUCAGAUUUAGCUUUGCUCAUUUGAAUUAUUCUGUAUUUAAAAAUAUCCGUAAAUGGCUUUUAGCAUUUACUUGCUCUGCCCUGAUACGCUGUUCUCUCUUUAAUGUUAUGUGAAGAAGCUUUCCCCCUAUUCUCCGUCCCCAGAACCAGUUUGCUGCUUUGAACGCUCCAAAGAAAGACAACUCUCAGAUCGAGGGCCCCAGCAUCAGCAACUCAUGUGGAUUCAAAGUCAGCAUGCAGAACCUCCAGGACGCUAAAGCCCUGCACGAGGUGAGACAGACAGACAGGCACAGACAGACAGACAGGCACAGACAGACAGGCACAGACAGACAGACAGGCACAGACAGACAGACAGGCACAGACAGACAGACAGGCACAGACAGACAGACAGGCACCGACAGACAGGCACCGACAGACAGGCACCGACAGACAGGCACCGACAGACACGUAGAGGGAGAUAGGCACGGAGAGGCAGACAGACAGACAGGGAGAGGGAGGACAGACAGACAGACAGACAGGGAGAGGGAGACAGACAGACAGACAGUGAGAGGGAGACAGACAGACAGACAGGGAGAGGGAGACAGACACACAGACAGGGAGAGGGAGACAGACACACAGACAGGGAGAGGGAGACAGACACACAGACAGGGAGAGGGAGACAGACACACAGACAGGGAGAGACAGACACAGAGACAGAGAGAGACACACACAGAGACAGAGAGAGACGCACAGAGACAGAGAGAGACGCCAGAGACCAGAGAGAGACGAACAGGACAGAGAGAGAAGCACAGAGACAGAGAGAGACGCACAGAGACAGAGAGAGACGCACAGAGACAGAGAGAGACGCACAGAGACAGAGAGAGACGCCACGACAGAGAGAGACGCCACAGAGACAGAGAGAGACGCAACAGAGACAGAGGAGAGACGCACAGAGACAGAGAGAGGACGCACCAGAGGACCAGAGAGAGACGCACAGAGACAGAGAGAGACGCACAGAGACAGAGAGAGACGCACAGAGACAGAGAGAGACGCCACAGAGACAGAGAGAGACGCCACAGGAGGACAGAGAGGACGCACAGAGACAGAGAGAGAGACGCACAGAGACAGAGAGCAGACGCACAGAGACAGAGAGAGACGCACAGAGACAGAGAGAGACGCACAGAGACAGAGAGAGACGCACAGAGACAGAGAGAGACGCACAGAGACAGAGAGAGACGCACAGAGACAGAGAGAGACGCACAGAGACAGAGAGAGACGCACAGAGACAGAGGACGCACAGGACAGGGAGACGCCCACAGAGACAGAGAGAGACGCCACCAGAGACAGAGAGAGACGAAGACGCACAGAGACAGAGACGCACAGAGACACAGAGAGAGACGACGCACAGACGACAGAGAGAGACGCACAGAGACGAGAGAGAGCACAGAGACAGAGAGACGCACAGAGACAGAGAGAGACGCACAGAGACAGAGAGACGCACAGAGAGACGAGCGCACAAGACAGAGAGAGAAGACACCACAGAGACCACAAGAGACGAGAGAGCAACGACACACACAGACCACAGAGACAGAGAGAGACCACGAACAAGAGAGACGCACACGAGAGAGACCACAACAGAGAGAACCACACAACAGAGAGAGACACACACAACACACACAAGAGAGAGAAGAGACACACACAAAACACACACACAGAGAGAGAGAACACACACACACACAAGAGAGAGAGACACACACCAAGAGACACACACACAGAGAGAGAGAACACACACACAACACACACAAGAGAGAGACACCACAACACAAGAACACAACAGAGAACAACAGAGAGAGACACACCACGACACACAAGAGAGAGACACACACACACACACACACAAAGAGACCGAGACACAGAGACCGAGACACAGAGACCGAGACACAGAGACCGAGACACAGAGACCGAGACACAGAGACCGAGACACAGAGACCGAGACACAGAGAGAGACCGAGAGACAGAGAGAGACAUGCACACAGACACACGGACCGAGACACAGACACACAGACCGAGACACAGACAUACACACAGACAGAGACACAAAGACAGAGACCGAGACACAGACAUACACACACACAGACAGACACACACACACAGACAGACACACACACACACACAGACAGACACACACACACACACACAGACAGACACACACACACACACACACAGACAGAGAGACACAGAGACACACACACAGACAGAGAGACACAGAGACACACACACAGACAGAGAGACAGAGACACACACACAGACAGAGAGACACAGAGACACACACACAGACAGAGAGACACACACACAGACAGAGAGACACAGAGACACACACACAGACAGAGAGACACAGAGACACACACACAGACAGAGAGACACAGAGACACACAGAGAGACACAGAGACACACACACAGACAGAGAGACACAGAGACACACACACAGACAGAGAGACACAGAGACACACAGACAGAGAGAGAGACACACACACACAGACAGAGAGAGAGAGACACACACACAGACAGAGAGAGAGACACACACACAGACAGAGAGAGAGACACACACAGACAGAGAGAGAGACACACACAGACAGAGAGACAGAGACACAGACACACUCAGCUGUUUUCUUACUCACACACACACAAUGUAGUUUUAAGGAAGGAAUGUGACAUCUUGCUUGUCUUUCAUCUGUAGGUGCAGCACCUGACGUUGAUGAGCAUGGAGCUUCACACACGGACCCGGCGGGACCUGGAACCCGUCCCCGAGUUUGACCCCAUAUGUGCCUUAUUCUACUGCUUCAGCUCUGACGCACCUCUACCAGACUCAGACAAGACCCAGCUGACUGGGGCCAUCGUGGUGGACAAGGACUGCCAGGAGAGUGGCCAAGGUGAUGGGUCACUCCCUCUGUUCCUCCUGCCAUGCUGUGGAUGGACCACACUUAUCUGACCUUCAAGUAUUGUUGUAUUUUGUACAUGGUCAUUGUGCUUAGAUUUGAAUGGACAGUGUAUGGCUGCGUUUACACAGGCAGCCCAAUUCUGAUCUUUUGCCAAAUUAUGGGCAACGGAUCUGAUCUGAUUGGUCAAAAUACCAAUUAGUGGCACAAAAAUAUCAGAAUUGGGCUGCCUGUGUAAAUGCAGCCUAUGUGACGGAACGGUGUUUGUGAUGUACCUCUAUCUGUGUGUGUGCCCACCAAGGUGUCAGAGGAACAGCACCCCUGCUGGUAAGAUCAGGUGUCUCAGGACUGCAGGUCACCUACACUGUGAAUGAGAAGCAGCUGUUCCAGGAAGUUGUCACUAUCAUGAGGAGGUACUGUAAAGCACACGCCAGCUUGUAGUCCUAAAAAGCUGAAAUUAGUUGGUUCGUUGGCCAUUACUAUGGGGGAAAUGAAUGGGGUUUUGGGAUGAACGCCGAAAAGAAGUUAUUCGGUGAACACAGGCUUAGUAGCUCUGAUACGUUUUGUUUUAUGAGAUAAUAUCAAUCAGUUAACAUGACCUUUAUGAGUUAUGAAGCCUUUAUGUUCUUGUUCUGAUUACAUAAAUGCUUCGAUUCACAAAACGUGAUGGUAGCUGAUGAAGGUUAUCUCAUAGAACAAAACGUAUAAGAUCUCCUAAGGCUGUGUUUACCACAGACCUUAUGUGAAGGUUGACCAUGCGGUAGGAGUUUAACAGCAAGGAGGCAUACGAUGAAGAUCUGUUUUUCUUGUCAGAGGCUAUUUAUUUGCAAGUGGGUACAGCCGGCGAACUGUACAAACAUUUACAAACAAAAAUAAACAGGACGAUGAACAAAAGAUAGGCUCUAACCAAAGAGAACCCAGGCUUCAACCAAAGAGAACCCAGGCUUCAACCAAAGAGAACCCAGGCUUCAACCAAAGAGAACCCAGGCUUCAACCAAAGAGGGGGGGAGGGCAACAAGGUUGAAUCAUGGCGUCGAUGAUCUUCAGGUCGGAGCUCUAGAAAGAGGCCAGAGUUCCCGACUUGGAAUUCCGAGUUGGAUGACCGUUCAAAACGUAUUUUCCAAGUUCCCAGUUGUCUUGAACGCACUGAGGUCUGAGAUUUCAGCGUUUCCAGUUGUUUUGAACGCGGCAGAAGUCAUGCUGGAUUUGACAGCAUGGCCAAUGUAUUCAACCUUUUCUGGCCCAUGGUGUUGCGUGUGAAUGUUUAUCAUUUUAACCUUGGAAAAGAGAACCUUUCAGACAGAUGUUUUAAGUCCUUAAACUCAGACUUGGCCCACACACCUUCUCCACCGAAUGGCGGGCAGGGGAAGCAAAAUAGUGAUUGCAUUGUGAUGAGUGAGUUAGCCACUGAUUCCUUCCAAACCACUCAUUGUUGAAUUUGAGUUUUACGACUUGUUGUGUAAUGUUUAUGGCCGAAGAGCACAGAUGCAAUUUAUCUAUAAUUUUUUUUCAUAUGACAAGGAUUUGCUAAUAGAUUGUUGACGUGAUUCAUGAUGACUGCUUGUCUAGCUUGCUAGCUAAGAUGUUGAUAUGAUCAGUCCAAUCAAAGCUACAGUAGAUAUAAUGUGAUUUGAAGUCAUUUUAUCUGUGUCCAAUGACCUUGGACCCACUCCCUUGGCUGUGAAGCAACCCCACACGUAUGGUCUCAGGAUGCUUUACUGUUGGCAUGACAUAGGACUGAUGGUAGCGCUCACCUUGUCUUCUCCGGACAAGCUUUUUUCCGGAUGCCCCAAACAAUCGGAAAGGGGAUUCAUCAGAGAAAAUGACUUUACCCCAGUCCUCAGCAGUCCAAUCCCUGUACCUUUUGCAGAAUAUCAGUCUGUCCCUGAUGUUUUUCCUGGAGAGAAGUGGCUUCUUUGCUGCCCUUCUUGACACCAGGCCAUCCUCCAAAAGUCUUCACCUCACUGUGCCUGCAGAUGCACUCACACCUGCCUGCUGCUAUUCCUGAGUAAGCUCUGCACUGGUGGUGCCCCGAUCACACAGCUGAAUCAACUUUAGGAGACGGUCCUGGCGCUUGCUGGACUUUUUUGGGCGCCCUGAAGCCUUCUUCACAACAAUUGAACCUCUCUCCUUGAAGUUCUUGAUGAUCCGAUAAAUGGUUGAUUUAGAUGCAAUCUUACUAGCAGCAAUAUCCUUGCCUGUGAAGCCCUUUUUGUGCAAAGCAAUGAUGACGGCACGUGUUUCCUUGCAGGUAACCAUGGUUAACAGAGGAAGAACAAUUAUUUAAAGCACCACCCUCCUUUUAAAGCUUCCAGUCUGUUAUUCUAACUCAAUCAGCAUGACAGAGUGAUCUUUUGCCAUGUCCUCGUCAACACUCUCACCUGUGUUAACGAGAGAAUCACUGACAUGAUGUCAGCUGGUCCUUUUGUGGCAUUAAGUUCAUUUUCAUGGCAAAGAGGGACUUUGCAAUUAAUUGUAAUUAAUCUGAUCACUCUUCAUAACAUUCUGGAGUAUAUGCAAAUUGCCAUCAUAAAAACUGAGGCAGCAGACUUUGUGAAAAUUAAUAUUUGUGUCAUUCUCAAAACUUUUGACCACGACUGUAGGCAAAGAAAAAGCCAUAUCUCAGACUGGCCAAUAAAAAUAAAAGAUUAAGAUGGGCAAAAUAACAGACACUGGACUUUUUCUUUGCAACUCUGCCUAGAAGGUCAGCAUCCCGGAGUCGCCUCUUCACUGUUGAUGUUGAGACUGGUGUUUUUGCGGGUACUAUUUAAUGAAGCUGCCAGUUGAGGACCUGUGAGGCGUCUGUUUCUCAAACUAGACACUAAUGUAUUUGUCCUCUUGCUCAGUUGUGCACCGGGGCCUCCCACUCCUCUUCCUAUUCUGGUUAGAGCCAGUUUGCGCUGUUCUGUGAAGGGAGUAGUACACAGCGUUGUACAAGAUCUUCCGUUUCUUGGCAAUUUCUGGCAUGGAAUAGCCUUCAUUUCUCAAAACAAGAAUAGACUGACGAGUUUCAGAAGAAAGUUAUUCGUUUCUGGCCAUUUUUAGCCUGUAAUUGAACCCACAAUUGCUGAUGCUCCAGAUACGCAACUAGUCUCAAGAAGGCGAGUUUUAUUGCUUCUUCAAUCAGCACAACAGUUUUCAGCUGUGCUAACAUAAUUGCAAAAGGGUUUUCUAAUGAUCAAUUAGCCUUUUAAAAUGAUAAACUUGGAUUAGCAAACAUAGCGUGCCAUUGGAACACAGGACUGAUGGUUGCUGAUAAUGGGCCUCUGUACGCCUAUGUAGAUCUUCCAUUAAAAAUCAGCCGUUUCCAGCUACAAUAGCCAUUUACAACAUUAAUAAUGUCUACACUGUAUUUCUGAUCGACAAAACAUUUGCUUUUCUUUUGAAAACAAGGACAUUUUUAAGUGACCCCAAACUUUUGAACGGUUGUGUGUGUGUGUGUGUGUGUGUGUGUGUGUGUGUGUGUGUGUGUACAGUCGUGGUCAAAGGUUUUGAAAAUUACACAAGUAUUGGUCUUCACAAAGUUCGCUGCUUCAGUGUUAUGAGAUAUUUUUGUCAAUGUUACUAUGGUAUACUGAAGUAUAAUUACAAGCAUUCCAUAAGUGUCAAAGACUUUUAUUGACAAUUACAUUAAGUUUAUGCAAAGAGUCAAUAUUUGCAGUGUUGACCCUUCUUUUUCAAGACCUCUGCAAUCCGCCCUGGCAUGCUGUCAAUUAACUUCUGGGUCACAUCCUGACUGAUGGCAGCCCAUUCUUGCAUAAUCAAUGCUUGGAGUUUGUCAGAAUUUGUGGGGUUUUGUUUGUCCACCUGCCUCUUGAGGAUCGACCAUAAAUUCUCAAUGGGAUUAAGGUCUGGGGAGUUUCCUGGCCAUGGACCCAAAAUGUCGAUGUUUUGUUCCCCGAGCCACUUAGUUAUCACUUUUGCCUUAUGGCAAGGUGCUCCGUCAUCCUGGAAGAGGCAUUGGUCGUCACCAAACUGUUCUUGGAUGGUUGGGAAAAGUUGCUCUCAGAGGAUGUGUUGGUACCAUUCUUUAUUAAUGGCUGUGUUCUUAGGCAAAAUUGUGAGUGAGCCCACUCCCUUGGCUGAGAAGCCACGUGCACACAUGAAUGGUCUCAGGAUGCUUUACUGUUGGCAUGACACAGGACUGAUGGUAGCGCUCACCUUGUCUUCUCCGGACAAGGUGUUUUCCGGAUGCCCCAAACAAUCGGAAAGGGGAUUCAUCAGAGAAAAUGACUUUACCCCAGUCCUCAGCAGUCCAAUCCCUGUACCUUUUGCAGAAUAUCAGUCUGUCCCUGAUGUUUUUCCUGGAGAGAAGUGGCUUCUUUGCUGCCCUUCUUAACACCAGGCCAUCCUCCAAAAGUCUUCGCCUCACCUGCCUGCUGCCAUUCCUGAGCAAGCUCUGCACUGGUGGUGUCCCGAUCCCGCAGCUGAAUCAACUUUAGGAGACGGUCGUGGCGCUUGCUGGACUUUCUUGGGCGCCCUGACGCCGCCUUCACAACAAUUGAACCUCUCUCCUUGAAGUUCUUGAUGAUCCGAUAAAUGGUUGAUUUUGGUGCAAUCUUACUAGUAGCAAUAUCCUUGCCUGUGAAGCCCUUUUUGUGCAAAGCAAUGAUGACGGCACGUGUUUCCUUGCAGGUAACCAUGGUUAACAGAGGAAGAACAAUGAUUUCAAGCACCACCCUCCUUUUAAAGCUUCCAGUCUAUUCUAACUCAAUCAGCAUGACAGAGUGAUGUCCUCGUCAACACUCUCACCUGUGUUAACGAGAGAAUCACUGACAUGAAGGCAGCUGGUCCUUUUGUGGCAGGGCUGAAAUGCAGUGGAAAUGUUUUUUGGGGAUUAAGUUCAUUUUCAUGGCAAAGAGGGACUUUGCAAUUAAUUGCAAUCUGAUCACUCUUCAUGACAUUCUGGAGUAUAUGCAAAUUGCCAUCAUCAAAACUGAGGCAGCAGACUUUGUGAAAAUUAGUAUUUGUCAUUCUCAAAACUUUUGACCACGACUGUAUGUGUGUGUGUGUGUAUAUAUACAGUGGGGAGAACAAGUAUUUGAUACACUGUCGAUUUUGCAGGUUUUCCCACUUACAAAGCAUGUAGAGGUCUGUAAUUUUUAUCAUAGGUACACUUCAACUGUGAGAGACGGAAUCUAAAACAAAAAUCCAGAAAAUCACAUUGUAUGAUUUUUAAGUAAUUAAUUUGCUUUUUAUUGCAUGACAUAAGUAUUUGAUACAUCAGAAAAGCAGAACUUAAUAUUUGGUACAGAAACCUUUGUUUGCAAUUACAGAGAUCAUACGUUUCCUAUAGGUCUUGACCAGGUUUGCACACACUGCAGCAGGGAUUUUGGCCCACUCCUCCAUACAGACCUUCUCCAGAUCCUUCAGGUUUCGGGGCUGUCGCUGGGCAAUACGGACUUUCAGCUCCCUCCAAAGAUGUUCUAUUGGGUUCAGGUCUGGAGACUAGCUAGGCCACUCCAGGACCUUGAGAUGCUUCUUACAGAGCCACUCCUUAGUUGCCCUGGCUGUGUGUUUCGGGUCGUUGUCAUGCUGGAAGACCCAGCCACGACCCAUCUUCAAUGCUCUUACUGAGGGAAGGAGGUUGUUGGCCAAGAUCUCGCGAUACAUGGCCCCAUCCAUCCUCCCCUCAAUACGGUGCAGUCGUCCUGUCCCCUUUGCAGAAAAGCAUCCCCAAAGAAUGAUGUUUCCACCUCCAUGCUUCACGGUUGGGAUGGUGUUCUUAGGGUUGUACUCAUCCUUCUUCUUCUUCCAAACAUGGCGAGUGGAGUUUAGACCAAAAAGCUCUAUUUCUGCCUGAUCAGACCACAUGACCUUCUUCCAUUCCUCAUCUGGAUCAUCCAGAUGGGCAUUGGCAAACUUCAGAUGGGCCUGGACAUGCGCUGGCUUGAGCAGGGGGACCUUGCAUACGCUGCAGGAUUUUAAUCCAUGACGGUGUAGUGUGUUACUAAUGGUUUUCUUUGAGACUGUGGUCCCAGCUCUCUUCAGGUCAUUGACCAGGUCCUGCCAUGUAGUUCUGGGCUGAUCCCUCACCUUCCACAUGAUCAUUGAUGCCCCACGAGGUGAGAUCUUGCAUGGAGCCCCAGACCGAGGGUGAUUGACCGUCAUCUUGAACUUCUUCAAUUUUCUAAUAAUUGCGCCACCAGUUGUUGCCUUUUCACCAAGCUGCUUGCCUAUUGUCCUGUAGCCCAUCCCAGCUUUGUGCAGGUCUACAAUUUUAUCCCUGAUGUCCUUACACAGCUCUCUGGUCUUGGCCAUUGUGGAGAGGUUGGAGUCUGUUUGAUUGAGUGUGUGGACAGGUGUCUUUUAUACAGGUAACGAGUUCAAACAGGUGCAGUUAAUACAGGUAAUGAGUGGAGAACAGGAGGGCUUCUUAAAGAAAAACUAACAGGUCUGUGAGAGACGGAAUUCUUACUGGUUGGUAGGUGAUCAAAUACUUAUGUCAUGCAAUAAAAUGCAAAUUAAUUACUUAAAAAUCAUACAAUGUGAUUUUCUGGAUUUUUGUUUUCGAUUCCAUCUCUCACAGUUGAAGUGUACCUAUGAUAAAAAUUACAGACCUCUACAUGCUUUGUAAGUAGGAAAACCUGCAAAAUCGGCAGUGUAUCAAAUACUUGUUCUCCCCACUGUGUGUGUGUGUGUGUGUAUAUAUAUACACACAAACACACAUAUACGUGUGUGUGUGUGUAUAUAUAUACACACACACACACAGUGGGGAGAACAAGUAUUUGAUACACUGCCGAUUUUGCAGGUUUCUUGUAGUUGGCCACCAGGUUUGCACUCAUCUCAGGAGGGAUUUUGUUCCACUCCUCUUUGCAGAUCUUCUCCAAGUCAUUAAGGUUUCGAGGCUGACGUUUGGCAACUCGAACCUUCCGCUCCCUCCACAGAUUUUCUAUGGGAUUAAGGUCUGGAGACUGGCUAGGCCACUCCAGGACCUGAAUGUGCUUCUUCUUGAGCUACUCCUUUGUUGCCUUGGCCGUGUGUUUUGGGUCAUUGUCAUGCUGGAAUACCCAUAUACGACCCAUUUUCAAUGCCCUGGCUGAGGGAAGGAGGUUCUCACCCAUGAUGCGGUGAAGUUGUCCUGUCCCCUUAGCAGAAAACACCCCCAAAGCAUAAUGUUUCCACCUCCAUGUUUGACGGUGGGGAUGGUGUUCUUGGUCAUAGGCAGCAUUCCUCCUCCUCCAAACACGGUGAGUUGAGUUGAUGCCAAAGAGCUCCAUUUUGGUCUCAUCUGACCACAACACUUUCACCCAGUUCUCCUCUGAAUCAUUCAGAUGUUCAUUGGCAAACUUCAGACGGGCCUGUAUAUGUGCUUUCUUGAGCAGGGGGACCUUGCGGGCGCUGCAGGAUUUCAGUCCUUCACGGUGUAGUGUGUUACCAAUUGUUUUCUUGGUGACUAUGGUCCCAGCUGCCUUGAGAUCAUUGACAAGAUACUCCCGUGUAGUUCUGGGCUGAUUCCUCACCGUUCUCAUGAUCAUUGCAACUCCACGAGGUGAGAUCUUGCAUGGAGCCCCAGGCUGAGGUAGAUUGACAGGUAUUUUGUGUUUCUUCCAUUUGCGAAUAAUCGCACCAACUGUUGUCACCUUCUCACCAAGCUGCUUGGCGAUGGUCUUGUAGCCCAUUCCAGCCUUGUGUAGGUCUACAAUCUUGUCCCUGACAUCCUUGGAGAGCUCUUUGGUCUUGGCCAUGGUGGAGAGUUUGGAAUCUGAUUUGAUUGAUUGCUUCUGUGGACAGGUGUCUUUUAUACAGGUAACAAACUGAGAUUAGGAGCACUCCCUUUAAGAGUGUGCUCCUAAUCUCAGCUCGUUACCUGUAUAAAAGACACCUGGGAGCCAGAGAUCUUUCUGAUUGAGAGGGUGUCAAAAACGUAUUUCCCUCAUUAAAAUGCAAAUAAAUGUAUAACAUUUUUGACAUGCAUUUUUCUGGAUUUUGUUGUUAUUCUGUCUCUCACUGUUCAAAUAAACCUACCAUUAAGAUGAUAGACUGAUCAUUUCUUUGUCAGUGGGCAAACUUACAAAAUCAGCAGGGGAUCAAAUACUUUUUUCCCUCACUGUAUGUAUAUGUAUGUAUGUGUGUAUAUGUAUAUAUACAUAUGUGUGUGUGUGUGUGUGUGUGUGUGUGUGUGUGUGUGUGUAUUAAUGUGUAUGUACAGUGGGGGGAAAAAAGUAUUUAGUCAGCCACCAAUUGUGCAAGUUCUCCCACUUAAAAAGAUGAGAGAGGCCUGUAAUUUUCAUCAUAGGUACACGUCAACUAUGACAAAUUUUAGAAAAAAAAUCCAGAAAAUCACAUUGUAGGAUUUUUAAUGAAUUUAUUUGCAAAUUAUGGUGGAAAAUAAGUAUUUGGUCACCUACAAACAAGCAAGAUUUCUGGCUCUCACAGACCUGUAACUUCUUCUUUAAGUGGCUCCUCUGUCCUCCACUCGUUACCUGUAUUAAUGGCGCCUGUUUGAACUUGUUAUCAGUAUAAAAGACACCUGUCCACAACCUCAAACAGUCACACUCCAAACUCCACUAUGGCCAAGACCAAAGAGCUGUCAAAGGACACCAGAAACAAAAUUGUAGACCUGCACCAGGCUGGGAAGACUGAAUCUGCAAUAGGUAAGCAGCUUGGUUUGAAGAAAUCAACUGUGGGAGCAAUUAUUAGGAAAUGGAAGACAUACAAGACCACUGAUAAUCUCCCUCGAUCUGGGGCUCCACGCAAGAUCUCACCCUGUGGGGUCAAAAUGAUCACAAGAACGGUGAGCAAAAAUCCUAGAACCACACAGGGGGACCUAGUGAAUGACCUGCAGAGAGCUGGGACCAAAGUAACAAAGCCUACCAUCAGUAACACACUACGCCGCCAGGGACUCAAAUCCUGCAGUGCCAGACGUGUCCCCCUGCUUAAGCCAGUACAUGUCCAGGCCCGUCUGAAGUUUGCUAGAGUGCAUUUGGAUGAUCCAGAAGAGGAUUGCGAGAAUGUCAUAUGGUCAGAUGAAACCAAAAUAUAACUUUUUGGUAAAAACUCAACUCGUUCGUUUGGAGGACAAAGAAUGCUGAGUUGCAUCCAAAGAACACCAUACCUACUGUGAAGCAUGGGGGUGGAAACAUCAUGCUUUGGGGCUGUUUUUCUGCAAAGGGACCAGGACGACUGAUCCAUGUAAAGGAAAGAAUGAAUGGGGCCAUGUAUCGUGAGAUUUUGAGUGAAAACCUCCUUCCAUCAGCAAGGGCAUUGAAGAUGAAACGUGGCUGGGUCUUUCAGCAUGACAAUGAUCCCAAACACACCGCCUGGGCAACGAAGGAGUGGCUUCGUAAGAAGCAUUUCAAGGCCCUGGAGUGGCCUAGCCAGUCUCCAGAUCUCAACCCCAUAGAAAAUCUUUGGAGGGAGUUGAAAGUCUGUGUUGCCCAGCGACAGCCCCAAAACAUCACUGUUCUAGAGGAGAUCUGCAUGGAGGAAUGGGCCGAAAUACCAGCAACAGUGUGUGAAAACCUUGUGAAGACUUACAGAAAACGUUUGACCUGUGUCAUUGCCAACAAAGGGUAUAUAACAAAGUAUUGAGAAACAUUUGUUAGUGAACAAAUACUUAUUUUCCACCAUAAUUUGCAAAUAAAUUCAUAAAAAAUCCUACAAUGUGAUUUUCUGGAGAGAAAAAAUUCUCAUUUUGUCUGUCAUAGUUGACAUGUACCUAUGAUGAAAAUUACAGGCCUCUCUCAUCUUUUUAAGUGGGAGAACUUGCACAAUUGGUGGCUGACUAAAUACUUUUUUCCCCCACUGUAGUGUGUGUGUGUGUGGUGAAUAAUAAUAAAUGAUAUAUAUAUAUAUAUAUAUAUAUAUAUAUAUAUAUUGUGUAUUCAUAUUUGUUCACUUUUCUAUGUAGUCUACUACUCUUUUCUAUAUUAUUUUGGCCAGUGUUAAACAUUUAUAAUGUGGCUUUUUCUCCUGUCAUGUAAGUCCCUUUUCUGUCAUGGCAGGUUUGACCCAGACAUCCUGGUGGGCUACGAGGUCCAGAUGCGUUCCUGGGGCUACCUCCUCCAGCGGGCAUCAGCACUCAGUGUGGACCUGUGCCAGCAGCUUUCCCGGGUGCCAGGUAGGGUUGCACUGACCCUUUCCCCCUCUGCUGCAACAACACUGCUUUAUCACCAAUAAAAAUGGUCUGAUUGAUGGAAGAAUAUGAACUUCCUCUCCUAAAGGAAACAGUGACACUUGUUAAUUACACAGCUUGAUAUUUGUUUUGUUUAUAGUUACAUAUUACAUAGUAGUUACAUAUGUGGUAGGGUGACAGUGACCCUGGCUCUCUUUGCUGCCACAACACUGCUCACUCACACCUUUUAGCUCCUAAGAAACGUGUCUGAUGAGAGAAUAAAAUAAACUCUUCCUCUCCUAAAGGAAGCCGUGGCAUGUAUUGAGUGUUUAUUGAGUGUAGAUAUUUCUCUGUGAUUUAGGUAAAGUCAUUAUAGGUGGAUUAUCGUGUUUCGUAGCGUGGGGUGCUUUGUUUGAAAAACUGAUUCGAUUAAAAUACUGUGCAUGUGUGUGAGUGAAUUUAUGCUCCACUCAGUGUAUUCCAAUAUAUUGGCGCUCAUACAGAAACCUCAAGCAGGUUUCUCCCUGACAUUCUACUGCUCUAUAGCCAGCCAUUCUAUCCAGGUCAAAGGAGAAUGUGGUCUGACUGCUCCUCCAUGGGUGUAAUAACAUCUGUCUGUUGUCCUCAGGUGACGCCAAAGAGAACCAUUUCACAGCAGAGAGAGACGAGUACGGAGCAGACACCAUGACAGAGAUACACAUCACCGGACGCAUUGUCAUCAACCUGUGGAGAAUUAUGAAGACCGAGGUAGCUGCUGCUGCUGAAGAGAUUGUUAAUCACUUAGAAUCAAUAAUAAAUUAGCUUUUUUCCCCCCUUUUAUUUUAUGAAUAUAAACACCAGAUACUUUGGUUAUGAGUCUUCUCAUGUUUGUUUCUUAGGUCAUUUGUAAGUGUGUAUUUCAUUGUUUUUUUUCCAGGUGACGUUGAACAACUACAGUUUUGAGAAUGUGGUCUUCCACGUCCUGCACCAGCGCUUCCCCCUGUACAGCCCCCGCACCCUGUCGGACUGGUUCGACCACAACACUGACCUGUACAGGUGGGCACCACACCAUCCUCCUACUGGAUACACUCACACCCACUUACCUGGCUGCUCUCUCUUUUCAAUGUGCUCACAUUAUUACUAUCGUCACAAUUUUAUUUAUUUGUUUUGCAAACCAAUUCAGUUGAAACCGAGACAAGAUGAUAAAAUGGGUCUUUACAUCUGCAGUACCUUUGAUUUCCUGUAUGAAGUUGACCCAGACUGUGUUGUGUGCCUGCCAGGUGGAAGAUGGUGGACCACUAUGUUAGCCGGGUGGGCGGCACCAUGCAGCUGCUCCAGCAGCAUGACAUCAUCGGCAGGACCAGCGAGCUGGCCAGGGUGUUUGGGAUCCAGUUCUAUCACGUGCUCACCAGGGGAUCCCAGGUCAGGACCCACCACACGUUGGAACGUUAUUGGCUGAGAUGUGAAUUGAAUUGGCACUGUGUUGAUGUAAUGUUUAGCCACAGGUACAACAUGGUGCUUCGUGGUUAUUAUAGUUGUUUUUCUAUUCGUUUUUUCAUUUUUUAAAUUUUAAAUUCAGUUUACGUUCAAUUUGUUUUCAGACCUGAUUUGCUAGUUUUUAUUUAGUUUUAGUUGUAUCAAAAUAUUUAAUUUAGUUUUUAUAUUAUUUCGUUUUAGUGUUAGGGACAGAAAGCAAGCGUGGGAGGCUAGGAGCCAUUUGUGUUGUAUAGUUUGUGUUUUUGGGGAUGUCACUUCCUGCAACUGGGGGCAGUAAUACAUAAGUUGAUUACCGGGUCAGGUCAUAGUUUAGGUUAGGUUUAAAUUGUAAAGCCAAUCUCAAUGUGACUUGGAUUUAAAAGGAAUAGCACAGAGACUGGUGCAAAGAAAUAUGGUGAAAGGAAACUCUCUUGCCCAUGUUUACACCAAUCCAAUGCUUUUUAACUUUAGUAGUACAGAUCUAUCUUAAUUUGAGCAUUUUCACAGCAGGAAAAUAAUCCUGCAGCAACAAGAAAUGUCAAUUAUAAUUAAUGGACAUGUUUGUAGGGGUUGAUCCAUUUUUCGUUAGGGCAAAUCAAGUCUGACAUUUUUAAGUGAAAAUUACAAGCGUUUUUAUUUUACUCGAAUACACUAAAAGUGCUGUUCUGGAAAAUUCUCUGCGACAAGAGUGAUUAAAUUUAGAUAGUAUAUCACUGUACACGUAAGAAGAAUCAAGUUGGCUACCUAGCUGAUUCCCUCCCCGUUAGUUAGCUAGUGAUAGUGAUGCACAAACUAGGCCUAUUUGAAAAAUGGCCAUCUCCUGGCCGCAUUUACCCGCCAGAUUCAGUUAGCUUGAAAUCCCCCCAAAAGCUUGAAAACCCCAUUAGAUAAAAUGAAAAUAAUAAUUACUAAAACUGAACCCAUUUCUUGACUGUUUUAUUUUAGUUAGCUUUGGAGUUCAGGAAGAGUUUGUCAGCCUCCCACUGUGAAAGACUAGAAGGUGUCUGUCUGUUACUGGGAUCUAGGAAUUGGUGAUUGUCCAGUGGAUGGUCAGAACAAGUACUACAUACCACAAAUUAGAGGAAAGAUGAUCAAGGGGAACAAGGAAACAUUAUAUAAAGACUGAGCUAAACCAGAUGGAGAGGAGUUGUCAGGGAUCAGUCUAAUGAGAAAGUCAGAUGAGAUAUCUCACUGUACUCUGCCCUCUCUCCCUGUCCUCUCUCUUCUACCUGUAGUACCGUGUGGAGUCCAUGAUGCUGCGUGUGGCCAAGCCCAUGAACUACAUCCCCGUUACGCCCAGCAUGCAACAGAGAGCCCAGCAGAGGGCGCCGCAGUGCAUCCCGCUGGUCAUGGAGCCUGAGUCGCGCUUCUACAGCAACUCUGUGGUGGUGCUGGACUUCCAGUCGCUCUACCCCUCCAUCGUCAUCGCCUACAACUACUGCUACUCUACCUGCCUGGGCCACGUGGAGAGCAUGGGAACGUAAGGGACAACGCCUGGAUAGAGAGAGAGAGACACCACGCAUGCGUACACUACACACAUGUUCUUAUCAUUCUGAUAGGUUGAGAUGUGAGUCAAGGUACAGAGACCAACCACUGUGAGUUGAUGUUUCAGGCCUGAUGAGUUUAAGUUUGGCUGCACCUCCCUGAGGGUCCCCCCUGAGCUCCUUUACCAACUCCGCAAUGACAUCACCGUCUCUCCCAACGGCAUCGCCUUUGUCAAGGUACAACUAGCCCUCUGAUACCGUUAUGUGAUUAGCAUUAACUUUUUUUCCUGAAAUGGGCAGACUUUGAUAGAACAAGCAACAAACUAUCAUGGAUCUUCUAAGACUAACUGUGUGUCUGUGUCCUCUCCGUCCAGCCCACGGUGAGGAAGGGGGUCCUGCCCAGCAUGUUGGAGGAGAUCCUGAACACGCGGUUCAUGGUAAAGCGUUCCAUGAAGACCUACAAGCAGGACAAGGCCUUGAUGAGGCUGCUGGACGCCAGGCAGCUGGGACUCAAGCUCAUCGCCAACGUCACCUUCGGCUAUGCCGCCGCCAACUACUCUGGACGCAUGCCCAGCGUAGAGGUGAGGGCCUGGGGUUCACACACACACACACACACACUGUCGGUCUGUCACACUCACCAAAAUCUUUACGUCUGCCUGUUAACUGUUUGUCUGCUGUUGUGAUUCUAUGUGAUUUGUGUUUGUAACGUAUGAGCUGUGAAAAUAAUUUCCUCCUGAAAAGGACAAUAUACACAGUUUAUUAGGUACACCCACCUAGUACCCCCCCCCCCCCCCCCCUUGGCUCCAGAACAGCCUGAAUUCUUCGUGGCAUAGAAACGUAGCUCAAUUGGUAUCAAGGGACCUAACAUGUGCCAGGAAAACAUUCCCCACACCAUUACAACACCACCACCAGCCUGUACUGUUGACACCAGGCAGGAUGGAGCCAUGGACUCAUGAUGCUUACGCCAAAUCCUGACUCUGCCAUCAGCAUGAUGCAACAGGAACCAUGAUAUGUCGGACCAGGCUACGUUUUUCCACUCCUCAAUUGUCCAGUGUUGGGGAUUGUGUCCCCACUGGAGCCGCUUCUUUUUGUUUUUAGCUGAUAGGAGUGGAACCCGGUGUGGUCGUUUGCAGCAAUAGCCCAAACGUGACAGGAUCUAUGAGUUGUGUGUUCCAAGACGCCGUUCUGCACAACACUGUUGUACUGCACUGUUAUUUGCCUGUUUGUGGCCCGCCUGUUAGCUUGCACGAGUCUUGCCAUUCUCCUUCGACCUCUCAUCAACAAGCUGUUUUCACCCACAUGACUGCCGCUGACUGGAUGUUAUUUGUUUGUCGUACCGUUCUCGGUACACCCUAGACACUGUCGUGUGUGAAAAGCCCAGAAGGCCGGACGUUUCUGAGAUACUGGAACUGACGCGCCUGACACCGAUGAUCAUACCACCAUACCACCAUACCACCAUACCACGCUCAAAGACACUUAGCUCACUAAUUUUGCCCAUUUUAAUGUUCAAUCGAACAGUAACUGAAUGCCUCGAUGCCUGUCUGCCUGCUUUAUAUAGCAAGCCCCUGCAGCGUGACUCACUGUCUGUAGGUGCAAACCAUUUUUGUGAACGGGGUGAUGUACCUAAUAAACUGGCCUCUGAGUGUAUACGUAAUCAAUCAAUCAAAAUCACUGUUACUAAAGUCAACAUGAUACAGUUUCUAUUCCCCCCCCCCCAUCACUUGUUAGCUGGGUUUGUAUUAACCUUAACCAUGAAGAAAAAGCUUUCAGCAAUCUGUCCCUGUAUGGUGUCUAUAGGUUGGUGACAGUAUUGUCCACAAGGCCAGGGAGACCCUGGAGAGAGCCAUCAAGCUGGUCAACGACACCAAGAAAUGGGGAGCCCACGUUGUGUACGGUGACACAGACAGGUAAGGGAUGAGCUUUAGAGAAUGAAUCAUUAGAUAUUGAAUCCUAUGGUUUUCUGUGACUAUUUUCUUACUCUCUGCUUGUCUCUUUUAGUAUGUUUGUCCUGCUAAAGGGAGCAACUAAAGAGCAGGCCUUCAAGAUCGGCAACGAGAUCGCCGAGGCAGUGACUGCUACCAACCCUAAACCUAUCAAGCUGAAGUUUGAGAAGGUACAGUCUCUGUUCAGUAUGAAGUGUCUAGACUAGAAGUGAGUCUAUUUACAGUGUGUUUUAUUCAAUCAACAGCCCACACAACCCACAUGUUCUACUACUCAGUGUGAAUUAGGUUGAGUUGACAUUUGUGUGUAUGUGGUAUUUGUUUGAGUCCGUCUGUCUGUGCAUUAAUUACAGAACCAUUAGUUGAAUCCUUUGUGUGUGUGUGAUCCCAGGUGUACCUGCCGUGCAUGCUCCAGACAAAGAAGCGCUACGUGGGCUACAUGUAUGAGAGCUUGGACCAGAAGGACCCCGUGUUCGAUGCCAAGGGGAUCGAAACAGUGCGCCGAGACGGAUGCCCUGCUGUUUCCAAGGUAACGGCAACAUUUUACAAUUUCUGCCUGCUCUCUUGCUCUGUCUACACCAUUCAGUCACGCCAGAUUUAUAUUAGUAGCCUGUGCUCAGACUACUACACAGAUAGGAAUCGGAGAAAGUCCUUGCCUGAACAUGUUCUAUACUAGCACAGUCAGCCUGGUCGAUGUAUAGAAUAUAGACUGGUGUGUGUGACCUCCCCCGUCUCCCUAGAUUUUGGAACGUUCCAUCAAGCUGCUGUUUGAGACGCGGGACAUCAGCCAGGUGAAACAGUUUGUGCUGCGUCAGUGUGGGAAGGUGCUGGAGGCCAAGGCCAGCAUGCAGGACCUGACCUUCGCUAAGGAGUACAGGGGCAUGAACUCCUACCGUCCCGGGGCCUGUGUCCCUGCUCUGGAGCUCACCAGGUACACCAACAACACACCGCUUGAGGGGAGGGUGGUCAUAGUGUGUGUUGAUGAUAUGACACUGUAACAGUAGCAUCUUUGAGAAAUCUUGUGUGGGCAUGUGUGUUCAUGUGUGUGGACAAUAUGGCAGUGUCUGAAUGUCAAUGUGUCUUUGAGAAAGCUAUUUUGUUUCUGUGGAGUAGCCAGUGGAUGUGGGCCGACGUGUGUGAGAGAGAGACCUCCCUCCCUCUCAUCUGCCUGCUUUUUCUUUGUGAAGCCACUUACUGAUUUCCCAGAAUGCCCAUUGUCUGCCUGCACUACAACCGGCCUAGCUCAGUGUACUGUACCUGAGACAGUUGCUUAGCAACCCAGCUCUAAUGGGUGGAAAAAUCCGAUUUCAGAUGGUUAAAGGGGGGAAUAUUCAGUGUGAUUCAUAAAGAUUAACUAUGACAAUUUAUUAUAGUCAUUCAUCUUGCAGCAGUACAAAAACAAGGAAUCAAAUGCAUCAUGUUUAAUUCAGAUAUUUUCCCUUUUGAAGAAAAUUAUACAAAUAUGUGAUCAUUUAAAAUCUGAAUACUGUAUGUGUGGUCCUACACCACGCAUAUGGAUAUAACUGCACAUAUUUGGGGUGCUAGAUAAGCAGGAACCAGCCAUUCCUUUACUGUGUCCUGACACCCCCAUGUCCUCUCACUCUGACCCCCCCAGGCGUAUGAUGGCCUAUGACCGGCGCCUGGAGCCGCGGGUGGGCGAGCGGGUGCCCUACGUGAUCGUGUACGGAACGCCCGGCGUGCCCCUCAUCCAGCUGGUGCGGCGGCCCCUGGAUGUGCUGCAGGACCCAGGCCUGCGCCUCAACGCCACCUAUUACAUCACCAAGCAGAUCCUGCCCCCGCUGCAGCGCAUCUUCCAGCUCAUCGGCGUGGACGUGCUCAGCUGGUACCAGGAGAUCCCCAGGGUGAGGCUAUGAAAGAGGGGUGCAGCUGAAGGGGUGGACCAUCUGCUCCAAUAGUUAGUUACAGGGAUUCAUUAAACGAUUGAUCUAUGACAUUUGAUGUUUGUUGACACGCACAGACCACUGAAGCAGCGAUAAUGAUUUUGAAAGCUUUGUCCAGACUGUAGUGCAGACAGAGAAUAAAAGAAAAAAGGGCUACAUGUCAGGAAUCGAAUGAGACUCAUCCAAUCUCAUUGUGCCCAAGUCAUUGUUAGAGGCACUGCCUUUUUGAGAUGCCGACGAUGCCAUCUAGUGGUGAGUUGUGUAUAGGACAUGCACAUUUCAUACUGUUGUCUUGUUAGCCUGCUUCAAACUAAAGGACAAGGGGGCAUAGCUCUUAGAGGAUAAAAGUGUCUGCCCUGUCAAAUAGUGAAUGACAGUCUUGAUGAUUAAAAACUACAUUUAUGUGAUUUGAUGACCACUUUUCUAUUAUAAUCCAGCCCAUGGCUCUAAAUAUGUCCUCUGUGUUCAGGUCCAGAAGGCAUCAUGCUCCACAGUGGCCAGAGGGGAGGUGGGGAGGAAGGGGACCAUCUCCCAGUACUUCACCACGCUGCACUGUCCUGUGUGUGACGAGCUCACCCAGCUAGGGGUGUGUGUCAGCUGCCGGGCCGAGCCCCAACGAGUGGCCGUCACUCUCAACCAGGACAUGCGGCUGUGGGAGAGCCAGCAAGACCAGCUGCUAAAGGUUAGAAGUCGAGGGUCAGGACAUCAUUGGGAAGCUACCACAGGCUGCUGAUAUGUUAGAGAUCAUGCUGAAUAGUCUCCAAGCACUUUCUUCAUUUGAGUUUUCUACAAAUAUAUUUAGAGUAGAUAGAGCUAAGCUUAGAAUUUUAUUUUUAGCACUGUCAUCAUGUAAUAUUACAGGGAUAGGUCACUCAAACUGGUUGGUAAAGUUCUGUAGAUACGCCAUUAACCAAGCUCCUGUUUUCCUUUGGUCCAGAUCUGUAGGAACUGCAGCGGCAGUGCGGAGCGGCAGGUUCCGUGUGUGUCUCUAGACUGUCCUGUGCUCUACAAGCUGUCCCGGGUCAACAGACAGCUCUCCAAGGUGCCCUACCUCCGACAGCUCCUGGAGCAGUUCUGA